AGUCCAAAAACAACAACUGGAAGACCCAACUUUGGGAAUCUGUGCUAUAAACGGAGAGAAACGGGUUUGCUGCUCUAUCCCUUCUCUCUAUCCCUUUUUUCUUUUUUAAUUGUCAGCCCACCAUGAACUAAAGACGACUCCGCUUACCCGAAGGAGCAGCCCCGCCGCAACCUCAACUGGGCCUUGUGGCGAAGGCGGCCGCCGGCAGCAGCAGAAGCGCCGCCCCACCCGACAGCACCUCGGCGGUUGAGAGCUCAGAGGCGGCGAUGGCGGAAGACAAGCCGCGGAGCGCCGCCCAGGCUAGGAGCCGCCAUCGCGCAGGUAAACGGGAGACGACGGCGUUUUCUCGCGCGCACCCCCCUUUUCCUUCCGUGGGCCGUUCCUCCCCGCUUCCUGUGCGUGCGUAGCGAACGGGGAGGGACGAACCAACCGGCGUUCCUGGAGGGGUGACCGCGAGGCGAAAGAAUUGCGGGGGGGGGGGGAGGGAUUGAAGGCGUCGGGAGUGAGAGGACAAAAUGCCCCCCAUGCCACACAGACAGUGCGAGACUCCUCCACGCACCUAGGGGCCCGAGGUCCCUUCAGCCCCUCCCAUAAAAUAUUUGAGGGGGCAGGCCUCCCCACAAGCUGUUGGGCAUUCAAAUGGUGUGCCUUGUGGUCUAUUAGGGUUUACCCCCCCCCCCCCAGUAUUUUAUUCAAGUUUACAGUAUGGGCAUGGCCAGGAUUUUUUGUUGUUGGGAAAGUUGAGCUUUUUUUGGGGGGGGGGAGAUAGCCCCCAAAGUUGUUUUUUUGUAAGUGGGUGUGGUGGGCAGAACUAUAGUUGAUCGAGAAUUUUUACUCAUUUUUGAGGAUUUACAUGCAUGCCUGGCGCCUGCUAAGUCCACCCAAACUCCUUUUGCUGUGUGCUUCGGUUUUUAACAUUGGGCUUGCUUUCCUAGGAAGCGACCACCACUGAAUAGGAUGGGUCCCUGCUUUUGACAAAUGUGGCAUAGGUUUGCGCUCUUAAGAGGGCAAUUCCCUAUAAAGUUACUACUGAGUGUUUCCUGUGGGAAAUGUUCCUCUGCAAAACAUGGCUGGGAUCGAGGUUGGGUGGCCACCUGCCAGGGAUGAUUCCUUCAGCUGUGGUUCCCACACUGCAAAGGGUUGGGAUAGACCAGCCUUUGGGGUCCCUUCAAACUCUACAGGAUUCUGUGUUGCACACCUGCCAUUUCAUCAGGGGCAGGGGAACCUCACCCAACACAGCCAGAGGACUUGCUUUCAAUUAAGCUCACAUGGCUCACGCACUCAAAUCGGGCCAGACUGUAGCUAAGCGGAAAGCGCUGCAUAUAUAUGGGGAGUUAACCGACUCCCCCCCCCCCUUGGCGGUGCUUUUCUGCCUUUGCCCACGGCUACAUGAGGAGAUACGUACAGCACCUGUUAAACUCUGCUGUCAGAAAACGGCCUUGCCAAAAUAAAACGUAGGACCUCAAUUUACAAGGGUGGCGUUCAGGGAAACGGCAGGGCUUCGUCAUGUGCACAGGAUUCUCUUAUGGGUCAUACGUGUAAGGUGGUGCCCAUUUACUUAGGUAUAAUAAAUAGGCUCAUGCAAACUGUUCUUCAAAAUGUUGAAAUACUGCUUAGCCUAGUCCUGGCCCUUUAACAGGAGACUGGAACAAAUUUUAACCUGUGACACGUUUCCUGGCACAGAGAUGUAAGGAGAAAGCACCACUUGCUUAAAUUUGGCCUCUGAGGCUGCCACUUAAAGGAGCAACACCGGGACAGAGACUUGGCAACUCUGCCAAUGAAGUGAUUGGUCCUGUAAAGUAUUUCAAUUCUGUUUAUGAGUGCAUAAUAUAAUAGCCUUUCAGCUUACCCAUCUUCCAUCUAUUCAUUCAGUAUUGCUAAUUUGGGCUACGAUGGCCUUCUGUAAACAAGCCUGGGCAGUAAACAUGUAAAAACAACUUUUUUCCACAGUUUAACUUUCCUGAAACUGUGUAUGUGAUAAUGAUUCAAAUAUAUUAAUUGGCACUUAGUGGUGUUGCGUAUUUACCUGGACUCUUGUUCUGCAGGGCAAGUAGUCAUCUUUGCAGAUGGUAAAAGUUCGCUCUAAAAUUACACAUGCAACCAAAGACAAAUUGCAAAAGUCUCCUUAUGCUUUAUGGCGUGCUUCUGCAGUGUACAUUCAGCUUUUUUCUCUAAGUAUUUGCAUACAUAAUUAUAGAGAACUUUCGUUUCCAGACACCUGUAUAAUACAAUUCACAAACUUCUAUAAGCAGACACCAAUGUACUAAAUGCAUUAAAAUGCAUGAAAGCACUUUUUUUUGAAAAGAGACUCAUGAAAAGUAUUCCCCAAAUGUCUUAAGUCAGUAUAAUCAUUUGUUUGCAUGUUAUUAUUUUUAGGAAAGAAACAGUCGAGUGCUUUGAAAAAUGAAGAUGCUGCACAAAGGUAUCAUAUCUCUAAACAUAGCAUAGUUAAACCAAAUACUGUUAAACCAACAACAUCUGCAAGGCCACAGGUUUCCUAUACCUUGUGUUAUUCAUAUGGUUAAUUUGUUCUCUUGUAGGAAGGCGGCGCUUGAAGCUGCCAUUAGAAAGAAGAUUGAAGCUGAGCGAAAAGCCUUGCAGGUUGUCGAACGUCUGUUGGAAGAAGAUAUUACAGAAGAAUUCCUUGUGGAUUGUGUAGGUCCUCUUUUUCUUGGCAAGUUUAAUACUGCUUUGUGUUUCAAAAAGUUUGUUGUUACUGUUGGAUAAGCUUUUGCCAGCCUCCUGUAUAUCAUCUGCACACUCAUUCCAGUCCAGACGUAGUUUGCAGACACUUAGCAAUGCAUUUCCGUGUUUGCUCAGGAAUGAGUCCCACUGUUUUAAAUGAGGCUUACUGAAUGAAAGUGUUCUGUGUUCCAGUGCACAAGUCCCAUUAAAAUCAAAGGCGCAUCUUACGUUUGCAUUCUUUGUCCCUUCAAUUUUCAUGCAGAGAUGCAUAUACCUAUUAGAAACUUACAGACUGCUUGUGGCUAACCUAAGUUUCUCUGAUUUUAGUUAAAUCAUAGCUCAUUAAGGCAGGAUACGGUAGCAAAGUUGGGACAAAGGAGGGGUCUUCUUUUGCUUAAAACAGGAAAUAGUGUGACAAGCUUGAGGGUGGAAUUUUAAAAAUAUGGCACACUGUGGAUGGUCCUGAAGUAUGACCGGCUUUUCCCAGAGUGGUACAUUCAAGAUUUCCAGUCAUAGUAAAUUGCUUGUGGUAGAAAUAGAACAGAGCUUAGGAGUUAGGGAGUUCCUUGAUCUUUUUAAUGCUACUCUGUACAGUUCAGGCUGCGACCCAAUACACCCUUAUGUGGGAGUAAGUCCCCUUGAACAAAGUGGGUCUUACAUCUGACUAGGCAUGCAUAGGGUUGUGGUGUCAGAUGAUUGUUUAGAUCUCCUCAACCCUGAAAAGAGUUUUGGUCUCUACCAAACAACCCAUAUUAAUGCCUUCUCUUAGGGCAGGGCAUUUUCAGCCCACGGGCUGCAUUGGACACUCCACUCCUUCUUUAUUUGCUCCUCUCUUGCAAGCAGCAGGUGUCCUGGAAGAUUUGAGGGAGUAGCAGAUACUACGGAGUCCCAUCAGAUAUUUGUAAUCCCAUCCAGACAAACAAGAGGCAUUAUCAGAGUUCAAGGACAUAUUCCAGCCAGGCAUAAACACUCAAAGUGUGAAACAGUGCCAACAAGGGGUGUGGCUUGUAGAAAAAGGGACGUGGUAUGAGAAGAGCUCAAAGGACCAGAGACAGACAGACCUAGAGUUUGUCCCCCACCCCUGCAGGCCUGAUGUUCCCCAUCAUUGCUGUAAGGCAUUUUCUGUUCCCCGAUUUUGCAGAUGGAUGCACUGAAGUGGGAAGAUAGUGACUUCUCUAAGGCUGCACAAUGAGCUCAUCAUGGAGAUGAGUCUGAAAUGGGAGACUUCCUUGUUUGUAACUCAGACUCUUAGUUUUCAGGGCUCCUACAUAUUCUGACAGCCCAAUCUGAGGCACUUUUCCUUUGGGUGUUGGUGGGAGACUCCAUGGAUUUCCAUGAAAAUGACUUCCAGUAAAAACAAACAAAACAAUGUUUUAUUACAAUUUCAGAACUUAAUGUUUCAUUCUUUAAAAUCCUUCUAAGAGAGUAAGGUACAUUGCACUCUUGCUGGGCGACCCUAAUCAAAUUGAAUGUUGCAGCCACCUACUUGGAAAUAAGCCUCAUUGAAGAAAAUGUGACUUCUGAGUAAUCAUAAUUACAUAGUCGUGCAUAUAAGCACCACAAGUGAUGGCAGCUGGAAGAUGUGCAUCAUUUAUGCAAAAUAUUUUAAGCGGUCUCUGUUCUGUUCCAUCCUGCCAGAGGAAAAGCAGUUGUUGCUUCUUUGUUUUCAUUCAGAAAAAAAUUAGAGAGAGAAUCUAAAAGACAGACUCCCUUUGUCAUUGUUCGCAGUUUCUGUUCCUUUUCCAAUUUUCUGCUGCUUUGUUUUCUCGAAAACGCUUUUUCCUAUUCUAAACUUUUUAUUUGUUUUGAGUUUCAAGGCAGUACCCUGUAACUUACAUCUGUGUGUUUUCAUAUUUUCAGGGGAAGAUUAUAACACCUCCUCACUAUAAGGAUGUUGUGGAAGAACGCUUUAUCAUCAAGUUGUGUGGCUACCCCAUAUGCCGAAAGAGGCUACAGAAUGUAAGAAUCUAUGAGUGGCUUCUUUAUAUUUCUGCAGUUUUGCAUCUGUCUUCCUGUGUUGGAGUGUGGUGUCUGGUCAACUGAACUUCACUGGUGCAUGGACAGGAAUCCUUGGUCAUCUUUGUGUAGAUCAGCCUUCCAUAAUCUGAUGCCUUCCAGAUAAUAUGGACUGUAACUCCCAUCAGCUCCAGCCAGCAUGGCCAGUAGUUAGGGCUGAUAGAAGUUGUAGUUCAAAAUUCUGUAGGGCACCAUGUUGGAGAAGGUUGGUUGAGAGACAGUGGUUUGGCCAAAGUCACCUAGUAAGCUAACUGGCUAAGUGAGGAUUUGAACCCAGGGCUCCACAGCUUUAGAUGAUUAUUUAAUUUAUAUGCCAUUUAAUGCCCAAGCAGUUUACAAGAACAAAACCCAAUUAAACGAGCAUUAAAUACAAGCACCCAUAAUUAAAAUGCCCAAUUAAAAUAAACAAUAAAACAGUCUCAUCAAAACACCAACAUAUAAAGAUCCAUAAUUAAAAUAUGCAAUAAAGCAAUCCCAUUAAAACAGCACAGUAAUUAAAACGGGAGACUUGAGUCAAGAUUAUCUGUUUGCACAUUGGCCACCUUUCCCUCCCCAGUGUGGCCAAGAUAGGAGAUCAAAAGCUUUUGCUUCUAUUUUCGACUAACUGCAGCUUAGCAUUAGGUUUGAAUUCAGACAAAAUGUGGUUAGUCUUAACUAUGAUUUACCCAAACAAGCCAACUUCAAACCUUGGUUUAUGAAGCUGGCAUGUUUCAAUAAACCAUAGUUAAUAUUAGCCACAGUUUAGGUUUUGGAUGUAAUGCUAAACUAUGGUUGAUCAAAAAUGGAAGCAAAAGCUUUUGAUCUUGCAGUUGCACCAGAGGAGCACAAGGCUCAUGUACAUAACAAUGCACCAUAGUUCAUUGCUGUGUCCAAUUCAGGUAUUUGGCUUUUCUUACAGAGGGUAAGGAUUUGUAUUUUUAAAAAUUGAUAUAGCUUAGGUGGGGCAGCAUGUUGCUCUCCACGUCUCAAGACUUCAAAUGCAAGCUGAAGUCCUCAGCAUUUAAACAAAAAAUGUCAGCAAUUUUCAGAAGUGUGGUUUAAGAAGCUCAGUUCAACAUAAUGUGGUUUGAUCAGUAGUGUUAAUUAUGGAAUAUUCUUUUAGAGGAGAGGAAUGCUAAAAGGAGCACUGACACAUUUGCAAAACAGUGUUUGUGAUUUAUUUAUUUUUAGGUGCCAAAACAAAAGUACAAAAUAUCAACCAAAACAAACAAAGUGUAUGAUAUUACUGAAAGAAAGGUAAGUUUAAAAGCUGGUUGUUACAUUAUCAUUUCUUCGUUUAUUGUUGUUUAGCAAGAAAUUGGUUCAGUGUUGCCGAGGGCUCUAGAGGUGUAAUGCUGGCUGCAUGCAAGGUUCUGGGUUGCUAUUUCUUGCUGCUGUUGGCUUCUUCAGCUCUUUAAGUUCCUUUGCCAAGUACCUCUUCAUGCCCUACCAAUUCAGAGCCACAGAAAGAGCAACUUGCAGCGUAAUGAAGUCAGUACAAGCUGAUUUGCUGAGCUUUGUGACACAUGACUAGAUUGCAACUCAGAGGCAGAGAAUAAUUGCUCUUGCAUUGCAUCCUACUUCCUGUUCUUAGCAACUGGUCUUAAAAUGUUAAUAAUCUGUAUUCAGUGUGUUAGCUGAUUCUUCACACUCACCAAUCUAUUAAAGUUUUUAUCAAGUUUAUAUCUAUUUUGUUAAGUAUAAAACUGACAUUUGCUGUUCUCUUGGGGGGGGCAGUGUUUUUGCAGUAACUUCUGCUACAGAGCAUCAAAAUACUUCGAAGCUCAGAUUUCAAAAAGUCCUGUGUGGCUGCGAGAAGAAGAAAGGUAAUUGGAUAAUGUUGUUUGGCUAGGCCCAGGGUUUUGUUCUUGGGCAUCAUUUGAAAGGGAAACAACACCAAAAACAUGCGUAGAAAAAUACACUAUUCUUUUCUUUUCAGUGCAUUUCAAGAUAAUACCCUUUGUCAAAAGAUGUAGCCCAGGGAUGGAGAAGAUUUUUUUCCAGCUGGCUAUUCAGGUGCAAUAGCAGGCUCAAACCCUUAUUAACCUCUUAAGCAUGGUCAAUCUAGCUGAACUGCAUGACUGUAUUUAAAGAGCUGAGGGAGGAACUUGGUUCAGGAAUAUCCAGCUAAGGCAGAGGGUAGCAAACCUCUGACCCACUUGCAUAAGCCUCUCCAUGUGGCCCCACAAGGCCAUUUUGGCCAAGCCAUGCCUAUGGCCACCCACCCUACACCUGAUUUCAUACAUGUAGCAGAUUAACAGCCUGGGUGAAUGGUUUUGCUGGUAACUUUGAAGCCAGAGUUUUGUUGGGUCUGGGGCAGGUAAUGGCUCAGUUGAAAUGUGGUUUGUGGGCUGAUCUGAUCAGCAGUGCCUGCCAAGCCCUGUGCAAAUCUGUAUGCACAUAGGCUUCCAAGGCCUAAUGAUCAGCUGUUUGUUGGGUCUUGUGAAACCCUUUGGAAAGUGGGAGGCUAUGUGUCCCCCCAGGAUCUGCCUCCUGUUGUGAGCAUUAGGUCUGCUCCUUCCAGCUCUGCUGGAUCAGGCCCCAUUUCAAAUCUACUGUAUCUGUCUUUUUAAAGGCAGGAUUACCUUGCCUAAUCUUAUUAGAGCAGCUGUCCUAAUUUUAGCAACAAUACCAAAGGGGACUGUGAUUCAGUCUUUGGAAACAGGACACUUGCCUAAUAGACUCUUAGAGUAGACCUAGUCAACCUAGGAGGUAGGAAAGGAAUCUGACUAGGCUAAAGAGAAAAAUUGUGACUUGCAAAUUACCAAGUUGCCACUGGGUGUCACCAUCUCACUAUUCGGAGGCAAAAUGCCACAGAAAUACAGCAAAAAAACCCACCACCUUAUUAAAGGCCAGUUCCAGGUAACACAUGUGGAUAUUGAUUAAAAAAUCAGAACCAAUAAUCUAUUACUAGGUAUCAGUCCUGAAUAGAUUAUUUCUAAAUUCCAGAAGUUGGAAGAACAUUUUCUUUUUGUGCUUUCAGACCAAAAAAGUAAAACUUCACUUGAAUUGCAUGAAGUUAUUCUGAGAUAAGUGCAGUAUCCAAAAGUAUGUUGCUGCGAGGCUUUCUUUUUUUUCCCAUUUAAAUGAUGCCAGCUUUAGAAACCUGCCCACCUCCCACCCAAUAGUGAUGCUAAACACAUUGCAAAAAAAUCAUUGCCAACACAUAUAGUCCUUGAUCCAGGAAUAGUUGCACCCAAAAAGGUUUUUCUAAAGACAAAAUAACAUGGAAGUGAAGACAACUCCUGACAUAUCACAGAGUCAUAUCAGAAAGAGCUGCUGAGCACCAGUUUUAGGUAUUUUUAUGAUACUUUAAGGAUUCCCCCCCCAAAAUACUUUGUAAGAGCACAUUUUCACCUGGAACUGCAUUGUUCUUCCAUGGCCUUUGGAAUCGCCUCCAGCAUAAUGCUGCCCCAUCGCCAUCAGGUCCAAAUUGAGCAGUUGGAAUGGAUGCAAAGAACAUUUCUGGCUAGGAUUGUUUUCUCCCGAUACAUUCUAAGCCAGUAGCAGACAUCAGGAUAGGGUGAUGGUCAGUACUGUAUUAGUUCCAUUGCCAGUGAGUUUGCACCUUGCUGACCGGCCCCUUGCCCCUCCCACUCUUCUUCCAGCAAACAGCAGCAGUGACCCAUCUUCCUGGAGGUCAGAUAAGUGCUGCUACCCUGCUCCGUCAUCUGUUACCGUUCUUAGCCCAGCUAUUUGAAGAUUCAAGUUUUAGUCUUAAACAUGCAUAACUGGGGAGUAAGCACCAGUGAAAGCAGCGGGACUUACUUCUGAGUAAACAUGCUGUGCUGUAUGUUUUUCAAACUUAUCCUGAUGCUUCCUAUUCAUGUGCCUUUAGGCACGUAAACGUGCAGGUCAGAACUUACCAUUAGCAGUGGUUCUCCUCUCCUCUCCCCAAAUUAUUGGAUCUGAUUAGGUGGGUUAAUGUUGUUUACCAGCCUGGAUAGCUCAGUUGGUUAGAGCACUGUGCUGAUAAUGCCAAGGUUGCAGGUUUGAUCCAGCUGCCUAUUCCUGCAUUGCAGGGGGUUGGACUAGAUGAUCCUCAGGGUGCCUUCCAACUCUACAGGUCUAUGAUAAACCUUUUAAAUCAUUGCCAGACUACUCUAGCUGUAAACCCCAGUUCUCGAAUCAUUGCUCAAAAUCAAUUUAAUUUCUAAAAUGCACUUUUUUUGUUUUCCAAGGCCACCAGACAUUGAAUUGCUGAAGGAUGGGGAAAGGUACGGUAGAAGUGGUGGUUUCAUUUAUGUAUCCACAAUCUGGUUGAAAGAAGUCUUUGAUUUCCUGUUCUCUUCUGUCACACGGCCACGGCUCUUGCCGGCCUCCAGAAAGAGCUGUUUGCCUUGAUUGUUUCCCCCUUUUGUGAUGGCGAAGGGUCUGUUUGAUCUGUAUGAUUUACAGCUGCCCCUAGUGCUGCGGCACAAUCGGACCUGUUGAAACAUGACACAAGCACAGUGUUUGCUCUCGGGCCCGAAGCAUCGGUGUUUUGUAUGUGACUUUCUUUGUAACUGAAAUGAGACCAAUUAUAUGUGCCGAAAGCUUGUUUACAUCUUCAGGUAAAAUGUCAAAUGGGCAGAUCCACUGGUUUUGUAUUCAUUUAAAAGGAGAGAGAAAGCUUUGGCUGGAUCUGCAAUCUGGUGGGUUUUGUGUGUGCGUGUUUCAAUGGCUUUAUUUUGCUUGGUUUCUAGUGGUCCAUACUUCGUCUGCAUCUAGAGCAGAAUGCAAUUUCACAGCAGUUGCUCUUCUAGUAUAUCACUGGGGGCAGUGCUUGUUGUCAUAGAAAUAGUUAGGAUCUAUUUAUUUGGUCUUUUAAAAAUCCCUUUCUUUACAAAUCCAGAAAUUAUUAAACUGGUGUUUCUCAAAGGUCCAGUUGCUUAGGUACACUUUAUCCCCAUGUGCAAAAUUACUUUAUUGGCCCAAAUGUAAGACACACCCACAAAUAAGAUGCAUCUUUAAAAUUCAAGGCUUAUUUACGGGUGUGACCCGCCUCCCAGCACUACCUCCCCAAGCUGUCGCCGGCCGCUCGCCCCGUUCAGGGCAGUAGUGCCAGGAGGCGGGCGGGCAGCGCUCAGUUCCGAAUAUAAGCUGCACUUUAACUUUUCACAAACAGAAUUUGGGGCGGAAAGUGUAGCUUAUAUUCAGGCCAAUACAGUACUUCAGAGGGAACGUCUGCCUCCACAUCAGCCUGCCCGUUGGCAGAAAGCAUCAAUCAUCUGGGGCUCUCCUCUGGGUGACGCUGCUGUCAAAAGCGAGGCAGGUGGCAGCUAGGGAGAGAGAGGCCCCAUCUGCACGAUGCAUUUAAAGCAGUAACAUACCACUUUAAACAGCGAUGGCUUCCUCCAAAGGAUCCUGGGAACUGUAGUUCGUUAAGUCUGGAGAGUUGUUAGGAAACACUUCACAAAGCUACGAUUCCCACAGUGGUUUAAUUGUCCGUCUUUCUUUCCAGGGAACUCUGGGACUUGCAGCUCUAUGAGAGGGUCUCCUAACAACUCUCAGUUCCCUUAACAAACAAACCUGGGAACAAACAGUUCCCAGGAUUCUCUGGGGGAAGCUACGACUAUUAAAAAUGGCACAAUGGUGCCUUUCAGUGUCAUGGAUGUGAGCCCCACAUUGGGUAGAAGAUUCCUGCAUUGCAGGGGAUCCCUUUCAGCUCUACAAUUUUAUGAUUCUGUGAAAAGUGUAGUAUAGAUAAUGGCAGAGAGAGAAAGAGAGCCUUCUCAGUGGUGGUACUCGGUGUAACUCCCUCCCUAGGAAAACACACUUGUCAUGAAUGUGAAGACCGUCUCUCUCUUCAGAUCUCUAGUUAAUAAACAUGCUUGUUGGUUUGUUUGUUAUUAAUUUAUGGCAGGCAUAGGCAAACUCGGCCCUCCAGAUGUUUUGGGACUACAACUCCCAUGAUCCCUAGCUAACAGCACCAGUGGUCAGCAGGGAUGAUGGGAACUGUAGUCCCAACACAUCUGGAGGGCCGAGUUUGCCUAUGCCUGAUUUAUGGCUUGCCUCAAGACAUACCAUAAAAACAGCUAAAAUAGUGACAAGAACAAAUUUUAAAACAUGAAAAUGGGUUUAGAAUCAAUGCAAAACAAACACCUAAAGCAGAAACCUUUUCACUCAGCUGGGAAAGCCUGUUGAAGCAAACAAACAAAAAACGAAUCAGUUAUUUGCAGAAAAUGGGUGCCUUCCAUAUCUCUACAGGAUGCUGUUCCGUAGAACGGGAGCAGCCACGCUGAAAGUUGCUGUGAUGCUUUUAUAGCUGCCAGAUUCUCCUUUCACUUAUUUUAUCCUUUUUUGUUUUGUCAAUGUGUUUUUAUAUUUGUUUGCUUCCCCACCCCCAACAGUGGCCACUCUGGGAAGGAAGUAAAAUUAGUCAACGAAGCAAUCAACACUUUAGACAUUGAAAACCCUCUUCCAGCAGCGACCCAGGGCGACUCCAGCAUAGACAGUGAGAGCAGCAGUGAGGCCGAACAAGAAUUCAUAUCCUCCGUUCUGCAAGAAAAGAGUGUACAUCCAUUGCCCAGAAAGGGUAUUCUCAAAGCGAAGUGCAUGCGGAGAGCACAACCCAAACCUAGCAAUGCAGACGCCUCAAUUGAUGAUGCCGCAGAGCAGUUAAGUCGGUGCAAAUUAGACACUCGAGAAAAAGAAAAUGUUCUGGAUAGCUCUCGGAUUAAAGGAGCUCCUGUUUCUCUAUCCAGUCCUACUUCUGAAACUGUCCGGCUCUCUGAAGGCUUUGGCGAUAGCUCCAGCGGCUCGCAAGUAGUUUUCCUGGGUGUGAGCCCAAAAGGGGCAGAACUGUUUAAAAGGUUGCUUGCCAAAUCGAAACAGGCUGCAAAGCCUAGCUGGGAAGGCCCAGCCAACCCCCCCACUGCCAAAUGUAGCUUGCUAGAAGGGCUGAGGCAGACCUUUACUGAAUGGAAGACUGAGGAAACGGUGAAGCUCCUCCACGGCAGCGACGCCGCAGCCACCUAUGUCCCACAGACCUCUCCGGCAGCUGACCAUGAGGAAGAGGAGGAGCUUGACGAGGAUGACUUGGAGAGUGUUGAUGAACCUAACAAGGCCGCUUCUGAGAGAGGCGCCCAGAACCCUCUGAGCCAGCCGUUGCCUUUCAAGGCCUCGAGUCCAGCAGCGAAACCUAUACCCAGCUACGAGAAACUGAAAGAAGAGACCUCGCAGUUAGAGUUAAAGGUGCAGGAAUUUUACAGAGGAAACUUCGCCUUAGGCGAAGAAGAUCUGGCAACCGUGUCGAGAGGGGAGCAGCAUCACAGCAAUGACAAUGUAAGUAUCUUGCUGGAGAAAUAGGCUGGUUAAAGACAUGCACACACCCCCUCCUCCCCAAAAAAGCAGUCUUUUUGUAAACCUUGAUUUAUGAAAGAACUCUGUGCAUCAAAGCCGAACAAUAAUAAUACCGUAUUUACUCGAAUGUAAUGCACACCUUUAUUUGGCCAAAAUAUACCGUGAAAAUUAGGGCACGCAUUAGAUUUGAUGGCGUGUUUACAUUCAUCAGCAGAUACUUUUUUGGAUUUUGAGGUUUUGAAAAUUGAGGUGCGCGUUAGAUUCAUUGUCAAAUACGACAAUAACAAUGCAGAUGUAACAAUGAAGGUAAAAGAUUAGGAGCAGCGCCUUGGGUGCACGCCUGCCUCCUGUCUGUUCACACACUGUCCUUCAUUCUCACGUGCAAAUUCCACCCCACCUCCUGCUUCCCUUUUUGGAACUGAAAAUGGUCUACAUUACAAGUUUUUGCCAACUGUAGCUAGUAUCCAACGAAGUCUGAUGCUAGCGAGACCAGUGGUCAGGGAUGAUGGGAAUUGUAGUCCGAAAACAGCCAGAGACUCAAGUUUGGGAAACCCUGCUCUGAAUCAGUAUAAGGCAGCUUCCUAUGUUAAACGUUAGUCUUUCUAGCUUUGCAUUGUCUGCAUUGACUGGUAGAGGCUGUCUGGGGUUUCAGGCAGAGAUUUCCCCCAGCCUUACCUAGGGAAGUUGGGGGUUGAAUCUGGGACCUUUGGCAUGCAAAGCAGAUUAUCUACCACUGAGCUAUGGCCCUCCUGUGCAGCAUAUUUUAUGUCACCACCCCCCAAAAAAUACUUUUGUUGUGCCCUGUAGGGUGAUCAUCAGCGGCCCCCUGCCCUCCCGCUUGUAGAUUCUAAAGCUCAGCAGCAGAUUCGGACACGGAUUGUCCUCGAAAAGCUUCGGAAAGUGUAAGUACUUCUUUCACACCUGCUGUUCAGACACCCAGAAGGGAGCCAUUUGUUGAAUUGGGAGAAUCACUUAAGGGGUGAGACUAAAUUGCGAGCGUAGGCUAAAGUCCAGCAAAGCUAAAUAUAGUUUUUUUAAUUAACCAUUCAUGACCAGUGUUCUCAAGGGAGUACAUUCGCUAAUAAAUGGCCUGAUUUUGCUUUCUUUCCAGUUUGCCUGCUGUUUUGGGCCCUCUUCGGAUUCCUCUUGGGGAUGUUUACAGUGAACUUAAAGAUCUCGUUAAGACUUUCAGGUAAGCAGAAAAGACUCUUUUCCCAAAACAUUUUUUAUUGAUUUUCCAAAUUUAUAGACAAACAAACAUAAAUCCUAACUAUAAUUGUUCCACUAUUGUUAACAUUGUUAGGUGACUUCCUCGAAUCCCCCUGGCUGAGUUUCAAUGUAUAUCAUUGUAAGAGUUUUCCAAAACUAAUUUCUCAUAAAAUUUACUUAGUCAAUUAACAUCUUUCUUUCUUAUCAUAUUAACUUUAAACAUAUUAUUCUAUAACAUCACAUAUUUAAUUCCUAAGCCAAUCUGGUAUUUGCAAGUAUUUCUGUUUAAGUUAUCUUAACAUAUUUAGCUAAAUAGUCUUUAAAUUUCAUCCAUUCCUCCUGGUACUCCUCCUCCUUCUGGUCGCGGACUCUUCCGGUCAGGUCGGCUAGCUCCCAAAAAUCCAUCAUCUUCAUCUGCCAUUCCUCCACGGUUGGCACUUCUUGUGUUUUCCAGGUUUUUGGCUAACAAAAUCCUAGCAGCAGAAAAGACUCUCAGAGCUGACUGCUGAGAUAGCUCGGUCGGUAGAACAUGAGACUCUUAAUCUCAGGGUUGUGGGAUUGAGGCCCACAUUGAGCAAAAGAUUCCUUCAUUGCAUGGGGUUGGGCUAGAUGACCUUUGUGAUCCCAACUUUAUGAUUCUUAAGCGGCACCAGUGAGUUGCAAGCUACUAUCCCUUAUUGUGAGAACAUGGGUAAAGAAUUAGAGUCCUAAAGUUGGAGUGAUACUUGUGGGUCAUUGUGUCUGGCCAAGUUUCCUAAAGCAGGGUGGCUGAAGGCUAAAUCCGGCUCCUAUGUAUUCAAAAGCAUGCUUAUUUUACCUAGCGUGCACAUCUGAAAUAAUAGAGAAUUUGUAGUGUAAAAUCUGGCAUCUUGCCCAUAAUCUGAUAUCUUUACUCAGAAUUUUCUUAUUUUUGUUUUGCAUGUUAAAACCAAGCUUCCAGUCCUGGGUUUCAAAGGUUUAGCAAAUUGUGUUGGCUUUGUUGUUGUUGCUUCAAGGGUUCAGGAAGUGGGAGUUCUAUAUUGGUCUUCAUAUUCACAAUCUGUCCUUACCAAAGCAAUGAAAACCCCCACCUUCUGCAAACUAAAGUAAGCAAAUAUGUACAUCCAUCAGAAUAUCACUGUGAUCCUAAAAGUAAUCUUGUCUGAAUUCAUUAGAUUAAAGCUGCACAUGAAGGCAGUUGCAGUUUGUAUAUUCUGAUUGCAGAGUUUCUGGUGUUUACGUUUCGGAGAUUUCUUUUAAGCACAAAAAUAAAGACUUCACUAUGAAAUAUGCUGAGUUUGGAAGGGACUCUGUGUGUGUGUGUGUGUGUGUGUGAGAGAGAGAGAGAGAGAGAGAGAAAGAGUCGGGGGAAAGGAAGAACACAACCUCAUCAUUUUUCAUUCUUGAAAAAUGAUGCAACUGUUCCUUUUUAAUUAAGUAGUAAGCCACAUAUAGGGGCGCAGGUGGCGCUGUGGGUUAAACCACAGAGCCUAGGACUUGCAGAUCAGAAGGUCGGCGGUUCAAAUCCCCUUGACGGGGUGAGCUCCCGUUGUUUGGUCCCUGCUCCUGCCAACCUAGCAGUUCAAAAGCAUGUCAAAGUGCAAGUAGAUAAAUAGGUACCGCUCCGGCGGAAAGGUAAACAGCGUUUCCGUGCGCUGCUCUGGUUCGCCAUAAGCGGCUUAGUUAUGCUGGCCACAUGACCUGGAAGCUGUACUCCGGCUCCCUCGGCCAAUAAAGCGAGAUGAGCGCCGCAACCCCAGAGUCGGCCACAACUGGACCUAAUGGUCAGGGGUCCCUUUACCUUAAGCCACCUAUAACAUGUUAUGGUAGGUGAGUGAGAAAUAAAUGAUAGCAAUGAAAUUGUUCAAUCGCUUGUUUAGAGUUCACUGGUUAUGAAUGUAAUCUGUAGCCUGGUACCAUGUUGUCAGAAUGCAGAGAGCAUGUGUUCAGGUACAUCUGGAAUCUUCCCCAACUGUUCUGCAUUUCUCUUUCCAUCUUCUUCUGACAUUUUCACUUUUACGGUCUCCUCUUCAACCUAUGACCCCUCUGCCUGCCCCACCUCUCUUGAUACCAUUGGCUUAGCUGCCCUGAUGUCAUGGAUCUGCUUAGGCCCUGCACAGCUGUGUGGCAGGAAGGGAGUGCUUGGGAGGCCUUUAGAAGUGGAAUUCCAGGGGCCACACGAUUGUUAGCUCUGCGUGUCGUGAAUUUUUGGGAGAGGCAAACCAAAAUGGACAUAAUAUGGAACAUUCUAAGUCUUAAAAUAUUUUUAAAAGUUUAGAAGAUCAUUAGGUGAGUGUAUUUCUGCUCAGUGUAUUUUUGGUGACCUGUACACUUGGUUAUUUAUUAGCUAUGGGUUGUGACGGAUUAUGGUGGUUAGCACUGAUGAGGAAAUUAAGGUCGCCUUUCCUUCGAAGGGAGGCAGAGAGAGGAAGGAUCAACUUUAAGAGACAUAUUAUUCCACCUUCAGUGACCUCAUGCAAUCUUAAUGCUAUCUUGCUUUCCUAACUGCCUUCUUUCAUUCUGGAAGCAAACCAUUGUGCAUUAUAUCGGCACUAGUGGGUUUUUGUUUGUUUUUUGUGCUAACCAUGGCUACCUCCUUUGCAACCAUGAUUGGAAAUGGAUUUGCAAACCACGGUCAUAAUGCAAUGCUGCAUUCAUUUAGCUCCAGAAAUUAAAGACGAUAGGUAAAAUUGUGCGUCAGGAGGAAGCCCAAGUCUGUGGCCUGUCAGAUAUUGUUGAACUACAACCCCCAUCAUGCCUGACCAUUGGUCAUGUUGGCUGGAGCUGAAGAGGGUUUGAGUCCAAUAACAACUAAAGGGCCUCCGGUUCACCAUUCAUGAUGCCCAGCAAUAAUCUUUUGUAAAGACAAUUGUGACUAAAAUUAAAACCAUCGGCACUUGUCAGAUGAAAUUACAUUAAUUACAGCUUGGUAUGUGGCUAAAAGGCAAUGUUGUAAUAGCAAAGCAAGAAUUAAAAGAAUAAUGGUGGUAAGACAGGUAUUUCUUUUGUGUGUUUGAGUCUGAAAGAAGCCCUGCUCUAAAAAUGCAUGGUUCAUUAUGAAGGGGAAUUUAGCUACAAAAACAAACAACCGCCACCCCCAACGACGGUUAAAAGAGCGUGUGGUGAACUGAGCAACAGCCAUUUUCAGCUCCAUUGGUUUUUAAAGGAGCGCGUGCCGUUCAUCCUUGGCUGUGCACCAUUUUAUUCAAUCUCCACUGCUGGGAAGUACACUAAAGAGUUCUCUGGAGACGUUUUAGGAACAGUUAUAGUUCUUCCUAAGCAAAGUCCCUCAGUGCCUGUAUGCUUUUGUUACGAAAGCUGAGAUGUCAAAUAAUCUCCAGAGCCGUCUGGGUCAUUUUGUUGACGAGCGAAGAAGGGAGCAGCGGGAGGGGGGGUGCUGAAUAAAGAAGCCAAAUGAAGAAGUUUGCAUAAAACGGUCCUCAAUAUUUCUAGACUCGUUUUUUGGACUUGGAAUUUUCCAAGUGGAAGAAGAGGAGUAGAGGUUUAGGUCAUGGCUGGGGAACCUGUAGCCCUUUAGAUCAGAGCUUUCCAAACUGUGUCGCGACAUGUUAAGUGUGUAGGUGUGUCACACGAAUGCUCUCCGCACUCUUCCCAGGGCUGGAAAGGGUUAGUUUAACCUCCAGUUUGCUAGUAAAACUGAAUUACUGUGUCACGAAAUGAUGCAAAACUGAAUUACUGUGUUGCGAAAUGAUGCAUGUCCAAAAAAGUGUGUCACCAACAUGAAAAAUUUGGAAAGCUCUGCUUUAGAUGCUGCAGGACUUUAAAGCCCCAUCACCCCUGACCAUUGCAGGCUGAGGCAGAGGAGAAUUGUAGUCCAGGAACAGCUACAGGCCAGUAGGUUCCCUGGCUCUGCUUUAGACCUUUUCAACUGGCAGCUGGUUUUGCUAGUGCUCUACUUGGUCUAAGGCAGAAUUCAAACCAUGUUCACCUCUGAAUGAAUGGUCUUCGGCUUAUUACAUGCACUUUUACCUUACACGGUGUGGAUGUUAACUAUACAACCUUCAGAAGACAUCUGAAGGCAGCCCUAUAUAGGGAAGUUUUUAAUGUUUAAUGUUUUCUUAUGUUAUUAUAUGUGCUGGAAGCAAAGUGGCUGGGGCAACCCAGUCAGAUGGGCGGAGUACAAAUAAUAAAAUUAUUAUGAUUAUAAGUGAAACCACCAUUGCUUCCAGCCUUGGUUAAACUUGCCACCUCCAACCAAAUGUUUGUGGUGUGUUUCAUUUCCGGAGGAUUUGCAUUUGAAAGGCACAUGCAUUUUGCCUGACAUAUAGCAAAGCGAUAUGGGCUACUAACUUUUAAAAGAUGAGAAAUUCUAUUUUCCACCCUAUUGACUUGUGCCGCGCCGAGGCAAAUAGUGUUAGCCGGCAGAACUAGUGAACCAUUUCUACAUGGGACAUGCUCUUGACUGUUUCCUGAAAGCUUUCUUUCUCUUCUGAGGCCUUGGCGUCAAUGCACAGCUUGUCUCUGAAAGCAACUGCCCUUUCCCUGCUCCUCAUUAUUUAAGGCUUCACACCUGUAGGUUGCAUGCUUCCUUCUUGAAGCGGCUCCUUCGCUACCGCUGUGCAGGUGAGAAACUUGCUCUGGGACAAGAGUUGGAGCUGACGGCUUCUGGCUUGAGGAACCCCGGCCUCUCCUCCCGUCUAGCCAUGCAGCCGUCUCUGCCUUGCCUUGUUCCGCGGAGCGGAUUGUUGGUGUCUCCGCUGUAAGGAGCAUAUUGAUGGCAACAACUAGUGUUGAGACCUUGCCAAUCAAUACUGACAUUGAAUGAGAGUUAAUUGACACAAAUAACUGCAUCUCUCCGUUUGUGUACGAGAAUGAUGCCUUCUUGAGCUGUGAUCAAUAGUGCCUCCUUGUAGGGCACUGAAACAAAGCCGCGUUCUCUGCUGUUUGACAGAGUUCUCCCCAGUGAUUUUUGGACCUGUCUCUUCCAUUGUAUCUCAUUGGGGCCGAUUAGCUGGAAGGUUACAUAUGAAUUGCCUGUCAGAAUGAUUCUGUCAGGCCUUUCUUUGUAAGUGUUUAGCACUGUCAUCAGCAUAGAGUCCAGACCUUCAGCCUUUUGUUCCGUCUCUUAUUUGCAAGUACGCCUCACUAUGCAUAGAGUGGGGCUUUUUCCAUACUGCCACAAGCCCUUAAAAAAUUUAAAAUUAAAAAAAAAAACUCUUCCGAAGAUGUUUUCCUGGAAGCAAAUCCUACAGAGCAGUGUUAGAAACUCAGCUAUAUAAGCUAGCUGCCAAAUGGCUCCUUAAACCAAGGUUACAGUUGUGAAAAUGGAAUGACUAGUUGCCAUUUUGGGGCAAAGGAUGGACUGGCUGUGAUUGAUUCUCAGUUAAACAUCUGGCAAUUGAUCUAGGACUAGGUUAAGAGCUUUGAGAAUUUUUAAAAAAGAAAAGUUGCUUGAUCCAGGGACAUUCCACACAUAUAUUGGCCUAUUCCGACCUCUCUUUCUUAAUGGUGACUGCUCCUGCUCAGGCUGCACAGGAAGAGCAAUUUGGUUCCAGAAAUUCAUUCUGAUUGCGCAGGUAAAAUAGAAUUGAUAGCAUUCGACAAGAUGGAGUAUUAGUAUGUGAAAACAGUCCAGAUCCAGUGAUCCCUAGGCAUGCACUUCCAGAUGGUGGAGAUGUCAGGUGUCAUCCUGGUACCCAGGCAUCUUCACUUGGUCACAAGUAGUCAAAAGCCAGGUGCAAAAUGCGCCUGGCGCCUGGCUAAUUUCAAACACUGCUAUGGAGUUCAGUGGCGCUUCCUUCCUAGUCAGUUGCGCAUCGGCUUUAAUUAACAUUAGAUGAUCUGCUUCAUAUCUGAUUAGGACCAGGAUGCAAGAAUCUCCUUAGCGGGGGGGUGGGGGGGUUGAACUUAAUUAUCAAUUAAUGAUAUUUCUGUAUGUUUUCCUAAAGAUAAUAUGUGCCAUCAUUUUGUAUGCCUUUUCCAAGAUGAUAUUGGAAGUUUAUUUUCAGAGUACUUUUCCAAACUGAGUAGAAAAGAACCAUGUGGGUGGCAGGGUAAGGGAUGGAAAGAAAGGAAGAAGUAGUAAAUUCCUGCAUUGCAGGGGGUUGGACUAGAUGACCCUUGUGGUCCCUUCCAACUCGUAUGAUUCUACGAUUUUAUGAUUCUAUGUUUUCAAAACAUUGUCACUGAGUGCUACCAUGAGCUUCUUUGAGAGAAGGGACAGUAUUGUUGGCAUCCACCUGUCUCUAGAGACAAUGGAGUGUGCCUCUGGGGGUGCUGUCAAACUGUGGCGUUCGUUACUUCCCUGGGGCGCAAGCCUGGGCCGUGUCAAUGGAGAUCCUGGACUGCCCAGAUGACAGUCUUUGAUGUGGUCCAAAGGAAAGCUGAGCAAGACGUUUGGCACCAGCUUGGCUGCAGGAGUCAUCGAAAGGAGAUAUACAAGGUGUCAUCCAACUAUCUUAGGGACUCCACUCUGGAUUUGUGUAGAAUUUACUGCUUAGCCUUUUCUUUUUAAUAAUUUAUUUAUUUUAUUAACAUAUAAAACACAUACAUAUACAUUUACACAAUACAGGCACACAACGCACUACCUAAUUUUCAUAACAUAAAACAUACCUACAUUAUUCUAUAUAAUACCUACCUAUACUAUACAUAUCAACAUACCUACACACCUACCCCAUACGGACACUCACCAAGUGACUUGACUUCCAGCCGUUCUUGUUACGCUACUAUAUUUUUCCAACUAGCUUAAACGCAUUUCAGUAUUUCUUUAAUCUCUUCUUUUAUCUUAACUCUACUCUCCUUUCAAAAAGUGAAAGGAGUGGGCUAUCUUUCAGGAAUACAUCAACAUUUAUGUGGAAAAAGUAGAAUUUCUGACAGAUACUGAGUGAAUCCAGAAAAUGAUUUACUGCUUAGCCUUUUCUUCUCCCAAAGAUAUCCCGUAAGGUAGCGAAGGUUGAGUUCAAUAAAUCAGUAAAACCAGACACAGGUAUGACUCUAAAGAAAGGAAUUCUGGUGCUUUGUAAAUGUUUAUUGUGCUGUAAUAUUGGUCCUGCAGGAGUCAGUAGACCAGGGGUGGGUAGCCUCGGGGCUAGGGGCCAGAUGUGGUCCUCCAAAGCUUUUCUGUCCAACCCUUGAGAUUUUCCCCAUGCUGCAAACUUUUCCCAAGCUACAUCCUUCCCCAGUCGUCCUUUGCACCCUCUGUUUAUUGCCUGGAUGGAGCGUGUCCUUGAAUUUCUCUGGUAAUGCCAUUUGCUUACUCAAAGGGAGGGUAGAGAUGGGUGCGUCAAAACUAGUCUAUUGUACUAAUGCAAUAUUUACAUUUGUGGCUCCUCCCAGUUUUGGCUCUGGCCCCCUGCACUACUGCAUAUGGCCCCUGGAAGGUUGCUCUGGGGCUGAAAAAGCUUUUCUGUUCCUGCCCCCACCUAGACUCCAGCUGUGGAAGUAUGAAUUGUGAUGCCCUGUGCAAGAUGUUAAUUUUAUGUAUGACUUGCUUUUCUUGCCUGAACAUGCAUGGGGAGACCUCAGUUCAUAUCUCUGUGGGCCGUGUAGCUUGCUGGGCGACCUUAGUCCUCUAACUGUCUCUCUGAUUUAUCUUCUUCGGUGUUUCCCAACCUUGGGUCUCCAGCUGUUUUUGCACUACAACUUCCACCAUCCCUAGCUAGCAAGACCAGUGGUCACGGAUGAUGGUAACUAUAGUCCAAAAACAGCUGGAGACCCAAGGUUGGGAAACAUAAUUUGCAUUUUUGCAUAGUAAAGGUAAAGGGACCCCUGAACAUUAGGUCCAGUCAUGGCCGACUCUGGGGUUGCGGCGCUCAUCUUGCUUUAUUGGCCAAGGGAGCCGGUGUACAGCUUCCGGGUCAUGUGGCCAGCAUGACUAAGCCGCUUCUGGCAACCAGAGCAGCACAUGGAAACGCCGUUUACCUUCCUGCCGGAGCGGUACCUAUUUAUCUACUUGUACUUUGACUUGCUUUUGAACUGCUAGGUUGGCAGGAGUGGGGACCGAGCAACGGGAGCUCACCCCAUCGCGGGGAUUCGAACCACCAACCUUCUGAUCGGCAAAUCCUAGGCUCUGUGGUUUAACCCACAGCGCCACCCGCGUCCCUUUUUGCAUAGUAUACCCCCAAUUAAUAAGAAGGCAUCUGUCAUUUUUAAAGGCUGCCAUCGAAUGUGAAAAGUGGAAGCAGUUUUACAUUUCUUAUAUUGCCAUUGAAAUGAUACCUCUUUCAUCAAAUAACCCUGGUUUGGAUGAAUUAUGUAUAGAACCUUUUACCUAUAGAUAAUUUUGUGUGAGCAAGCCCAUUUUUUUAAAAAAGUAGACUUAAAAAGUUGACAUUAUUGGUUUUACAUCACUCUUAACAAUUUCUGAAAUAAUACAACUGUUAAUGCUCGUGGUUGUUUUUUUUCCAGGUUAACAAAUACAAAUAUUAUUCACAAAACUCCCGUAUGGACCCUGAUUGCCAUUGUGCUUUUGUCCGUGUAAGUACUACAACUUAAUUCAUUUCUUCUCGAUCUUUUGUUAAGUUUAUUAGCAGCAACAGAAUUGUGCUAAUGGGCCUUCAGUGUUGCUGAGUGGUCAGCUGGUUAAGUAAGAGAGGCGUAGUCAUUAAUCUGGCAGUUUUGUUGGCUAUAUCUUGUCAGCAUCUUGCAGUGGGGACAAGAAAGUAGAAAAAUAGGGCAUGAGGGUGACCUUGGAGAGUCAAAUAGGGUAUUGCCUUUCCUUCCCAUAAAGUCUGCAGAAAGUUAAUUUCUUAGGCUUGGAAAUGGAGAGAAUGGUUUUUGGUUCUUUCAGCCAUUAGCAAGCUACCUUGCCGUCUACUCAUAUCUGUUUAUUUUUAUUUAUUUGGUGCAUUUUUCUUCUGUCUGUCUUCCAUGAUGGCACUCUCAGGGUGGUUUGUGAUGGGUUCCCAGUUAGCUGGGUCUCCCAUCCAGGUGCUGACUUUAAAUCAGGCCUGCUUUAAAUCCGGAAAGGUGGUUGCAUCAUGUGCCCUGCGACCAUAAGUGUCUAAAGGUAGCCAUGAAGGAGCACACAUUCUGUGCCUCAAACAUUUAAUAUACACCCCCUCCAAAAAAAAAUUGUGAGUGGGGAAGAAGGGCUAAGGUGAUUCUGUAACUUGCACUGCACAUUAUCACAUUGUGCUGAAAUCAGGAGUGGGGACCCUGUGGCCCUUCAGUAUGUAUAUUUCUUUUUAGUGGUGGUUGAAAUGACCAUGAUGGUUGUAACAACAAAUUCAUUCAUUCAUUUGGAGCAUCACAGAUUCUCCAACCCGGGUUUAAAUAUUUCUGAUGCAUGUUAAGGUCCUCUCUUUUUCUCAAGCAAAAGCAGUGAAACACGAAAACUGCUGACGUACCAUUUGCAAGGCUGCCUGGCUAUAAUUGGUGUCAGAUAUAUACAUUGUCAACAAAUUCUGCCCAAGCAUUUUGUUUGUGUGUCUGUGUCUCUUUAAUUAUGCAUUCCCUUACAUGAUUUAAGCAGGCCUUUUAAUUUGGAUUAUGUAAGCUUUCCCUGCCUCCAUUUAAUCAACACGUUAUUUCUGAAACGACCUCCGAUAUCCACCUCACCAGAAUGCUUUACCUCCCCUCCAUAGAUGUGAGGCGGGGAUCGUCUGAGGAGGGCAGUGCAUUCUGCACAUGCUCUUAUUUCCCUCUCUCCUUUCUUUUAUAUAUUCCCAGAGUAAAGCUUGGCUUUUGAAACAGAUUCUGCAGCUAGGCCCUUUCUUAAGUGAAAAACUGCUGUUCUUUGUUUUAGUUCAGCCUUGCUGAUUUAGACAUUUCAUUGAUACCCCAAAGCUUCUUUGACACACUUGCCCUGGGGACCGCAUGAAUCAAGGGUCCUAAUGAGCUAAGUUUCAAGUUUAGUUCCCUCGCUUUGUUAUCCAAGUAGUUGCAUAGACCUGGGAUGCAAUCUAACAAAGUGUAGCAUUAGCACACAGAACAUUUGUGCCCCUCUUCAGCUGCCCGCACAUGCAACUGGGUCCCAGAAAACUGGGCACGGUGUCCUAGCGGCUACGAGAUGACUGCCUGCCCUAUUCUGUUUUGAGGUUCUUGCAUUUACAGUCAUGCCUUGGGUUGAAUGUGCUUCAGGUUGAGCGCUUUCGAGUUGCGCUCCAUGGCAACCCGGAAGUAACAGAGCGCGUUACUUCUGGGUUUCACCGCUCGCACAUGCGCAGAUUCUCAAAAUGACGUCAUGCGCGGAAGCGGCGAAACGCGACCAGCAGAUGCGCCGUUGCGUCUUACGUUCUGUUCAGGAUGCGAACAGGGCUCCAGAACGGAUCCCAUUCGCAUCCCAAGGUACCACUGUACUGCAAUCACUUGCAAAGCCUCCUCCCGGAGAGCAGUAGGACGGGAAACAUAAUAUCAGCACACGGAUCCUGCCGUUAAAUGGCAGAGGGGAAAAUGUUUCACAGCAUCUGAAGGCACUUUGUAAACUGUGUUUUAAAAGCUGGCACUAGUUAUUCUGUCUUUAUUUAUAUAUAUAUAUAUAUAUAUAUAUAUAUAUAUAUAUAUAUAUAUAUGAAAUCACUGGUGGCUUUUUUAAAAAAAUGUCGUGGUCUACCUUUUAGUUAAGAGUUGAAACCAUCGAGCAAUCUUUGUACGGCUUUCAGCUUGAAUUACAAGAUUGCGAAAAUCUUACUUCGAAGGCUGUUUAUUACCGCCCUGCUGCUUCUCCUCCUUUUGGGCUUGCUGGGUCACUGGAGUCUAUAGGGCAGCCAAUGUGCUUGCCAGCCAUUCACAGAUCCAGAUGUGUUGUAGGCCAGCCCCAUAGCAUCCCCAGAACUGCACUUACUUUGAUCUUGCUUCAGUCUGACACAUUGUUCUGCUUUUGUUGUCCCAGGGAAGGCUAUACCAGUAGGCAUUAGAGCAGGCUUCAAUGAGCCUUACAUCAGUGUCACCCCGGCCAGAUACUGCUCAAAUGAUUCAUUAAAUCAGAACACAGAAAGUAACUUUACUUGAAUGCCUUGGUAUAAAUUUUUUAUCAACCGUAAGAACAAAUCUUUUGUCAUUUUUUUCCCCCUCUACACUUUUCUGGUUGAAUUCCUAAUGUGUGAAACAGAUCUUAUGAAUUUUUCAAGUGGUGUCUUUACAUUUAAUAAAAGGGUGCCUGUUUUGUUCACAAGUAAAUAUGUGUGUCUCUGCGAUGAGCCGUAAAUGUUUUCAGACCUAAAUGAUUUAAGUUUGUUAACCGCCCUCCCCCCACAAACCCUCUAAUACCAAACUUCCUAGGAAUAGGACCAUCUAUCUGUGUCACCAAACAGGUGUACUCUACUUCUAUCUUCUAUAAGAGGCAGGUGCUCUAAUAAUAGUGUGGUCUGUUGGACUUCCAGCUUGGGGGACCUGGAUUUAAAUACCUGCUUAGUCACAAUGUUCAUUACGUUACCUGGAGCCAGUCACUGACUCUUAGUCUACCCUACCUUACACAGUUGUUAGGGGGUAUAAAACAAAAUAAUUCCCAUGUAUGUCAUCUUGUACUCCUUAAGAGAGACAAUGCAGAUAGCAAAUGUAAUUUUAAAACCUAGGCUGCUAUAUUGGGUACCAAAACUGCAAUUUUUUUGAGUCCUUUUCAAACAGCUCUCCAAAAAUCUGGUCAUGAACUGGCAUUGAGUGCUGAUGAGUUGUGUAUAAUAUGAUAUAAAAAGUUAAAGCCAGACUGGCCUCUUUACAGAUUAUGAAACAGUCAACAGGUUGUAUAUGUGGCCGUGUAUAAGCUACAGUCUACACAGCAGAUCAAGAUAGGCGGCCAGUUUAAACUUGAGUUUUCUGAGCCAAUCUCAAACUUCUGUGGGGCAAGGUGACUGUGUGGGUGGUUGCUGAACAACUCCAGGCAUGCCUGGAGGAUGCAGACCAUUUGGAUCCCUUCCAGUCAGGUUUCAGGCCUCGUCAUUGGACUGAAACUGCUUUGUCAUGCUGGACAAUGAUCUCCGGUGGGCUAGGGACAGAGGUGAAAACUGUUUCCUGGUCCUUCUGGAUCUCUCAGCAGCCUUUGAUACCAUCAACCAUGACAUCCUUCUGGACUGACUAGAGGAGCUGGGGGCACUGUUAUAUAGUGGUUCCACUCCUUCCUCCUGGGCCGUGUUCAGAAAGUGGUAUUGGGUGAUGAGUGUUCACACCCCUGGGCUCUCACUUGUGGGGUGCCUCAGGGCUCCGUCUUCUCCCCCAUUCUUUUUAACAUCUAUGUGAAGCCACUGGGAGAGAUCAUCAGGGGGUUUGGGCUGGGUGUUCAUCAGUAUGCGGAUGAUACCCAGCUCUACCUCUACUUUAAAUCGGAGCCAGUGAAGGCAGUGAAUAUCCUGUGUGAGUGUCUGGAUGCGGUUGGAGGAUGGAUGGCAGCUAACAGAUGGAGGUUGAAUCCCGACAAGACAGAAGUACUUGGGGGCAGGGGGCGGGCAGCUAUGGGAGACUCCCUGGUCCUGAAUGGGGUAACUGUGCCCCUGAAGGACCAAUGCGCAGCCUGGGAGUCAUUUUGAACUCACAGCUGUCCAUGGAGGCACAGGUCAAUUCUGUGUUCAGGGCCCCUGUCUACCAGCUCCAUCUGGUAUGCAGGCUCAGACCCUACCUGCCCGCGGACUGUCUUGCCAGAGGGGUACUUGCUCUGGUUAUCUCCCACUUAGAUUACUGCAAUGCACUCUACGUGGGGCUACCUUUGAAGGUGACCUGGAAACUACAAUUAAUCCAGAAUGCGGCAGCUAGACUGGUGACUGGGAGUGGUCGCUGAGACCAUAUAACAUCAGUCCUGAGCAUUGGCUCCCAGUAUGUUUCCGAGCACAAUUCAAAGUGUUGUUGCUGACCUUUAAAGCCCUAAACGGCUUCGGUUCUGUAAACCUGAAGGAGCGUCUCCACCCCCAUUGUUCAGCUUGGACACUGAGGUCCAGUGCCGAGGGCCUUCUGGCGGUUCCCUCACUGCAAGAAGUGAGGUUACAGGGAACUAGGCAGAGGGCCUUCUCAGCAGUGGUGCCCUCCCAGUGGAACACCCUCCCAUCAGAUGUUGGGGAGAUAAAGAAUUACACAACUUUAGAAAACAUUGGAAGGCAGCUCUGUAUCGGGAAGUUUUUAAUAUCUUGACAUUUUAUUUUUUAUAUUUUGCUGGAAGCCUCCAGAGUGGCUUGGGAAACCCAGCCAGAUGGGUGGGCUAUAAACAAUAAAAUUGUUAUUCUUAGUAGCUGAUGCCAAGCCCAUAAUACACGGUUUGGAAUUCUGAAUGCAAUCUUCAUCCUUUUGAUGGAAUAUCUGUGAACCUUAUGGUUCAGAGUUGAUCAGGCUUCUUAGCAGAAGUUACCAGAAACAAUGUAGACUCAAAAAUUAACUGAAACAUUUGCUUUGAUUUGUAAUGCAUAUUCACAAAAGGUUGCAUUCCUAAGAGAGGUGGCCAUACGUUGUUCCAAGUCCUUGUGUGUAAUACACCCACCCUCAGCUUUUGACUUGGUGUGUUUCUGCAAGAGCAAAAAACAGGCAUUGAUUUUGGAUGCGUGCUUGAGAUACAUAUGCAAGCGGCUGGUCUAUAAUUAUAUUUUGAGAGGGAUUCAUGUUCCUAUGUAGCAGCAUUGUUUUGUACUUUCUGCAGGUCCCAUGGUGAUAUUAUAAAGUAGUUUAUUUUUGUUUUCCAAUGUGUUUCUUAUCAAUGUCUGAAUGCCUUGUUUGGCUUUCAUUCCUAAGGAUCAACUAUUCCCCCUACUGCAUGUUCUUUGUUCCAAUCUGAAUAUUUCACUGCUGCAACAGAAAGCUGGAGGAACAAUUCGUUACACUUUUACAUUUCUAUCAAAAUAUUGAUGUAUUCCUAUUGUAAUAAAAUAAAACUUCUGGCAAAUACAACUCCCACUACUCCCCACCCCCAAUAUCUUUACUGGAUAUCAACUGAAUUAGGUAAACAGAUACAAAUAAGAUAUCUAAAAGAUGCAUGCUAGGAUUGGCAACGGGUUGCUCUGUACCUCAGCCAGGACACUUGGCUGUUGUUAGCGAAUACCCCUGGUACAGUCUAAUGGAAAGCUUUCAAGAUAAUCUCCAGAAACGUCCACUUUCAUUUUAUUUAUCUGAUCGGGCUGAUUCCAGUGAACUGUGGUCAGUUGCAUCUACAAAGCCCGUGCAACAGUUUCCCACCCCCCUUCCUUCCCCAUCCCUUAAAAGCUUUAGAGACUUUCCAAAUGUUCUGGGAGUAGCGUGGCAAAGCGUUGGGACUCCGUAAGUCAAACGGACUCAAAACGGCCACGAUGGCUAUGGAAAAGCCAUCGCUUAAAAAUGCGCACUUUAGGAGAAUGUGUCAUGCGGAGAGAGAGACUCCAGAGGCUUGCUUUACGAGACGUAGCAACACAGAGACAGAAAGAUCUGCAUACAAGGGCUUUGUACAUAAUGCAAAGGAAAACGCAACUGUUGCCUGAAACUCCUCUGAACCCUUACAGUGGUCAACGUGAUCAAGCUGUUGCAAGCAAGUUUAUACAGAACGUUAAUCUCCAGAGGGCUUACUUAUUUUUAAUAAUAAUAAUAAUAAUAAUAAUAAUUUAUUAUUUAUGCCCUGCCCAUCUGGCUGGGUUUCCCCAGCCACUCUGGGCAGCUCCCAAUAUAAUAAUAAUAAUAAUAAUAAUAAUAAUAAUAAUAAUGCAGCAAUAAAAUGUCAAACAUUAAUAGCUUUCCUAAGCAGGGCUGCCUUCAGAUGUCUCCUAAAAGUCAGAUAGUUGUUUAUUUCAUUGACAUCUGAUGGGAGGGCAUUCCACAAGGUGGGCACCACUGCUGAGAAGCCCCUCUGCCUAGUUCCCUGUAACCUCACUUCUUGCAGUGAGGAAACCGCCAGAACGCCCUUGGCACUGGACCUCAGUGUCCGGGCUGAACGAUGUGGGUGGAGAUGCUCCUUCAGGUAUACAGAACCGAGGCUGUUUAGAGCUUUAAAGGUCAGCACCAACACUUUGAAUUGUGCUUGGAAACGUACUGGGAGCCAAUGUAGGUCUUUCAGGACCGGUGUUAUAUGGUCUGGGUCACCAAUCUAGCUACCGCAUUCUGGAUUAGUUGCAGUUUCCAGGGCACCUUCAAAAGUAGCCCCACGUAGAGCACAUUGCAGUAGUCCAACCGGGAGAUAAGUAGAGCAUGCACAACUCUCCGCGGGCAGGUAGGGUCUCAGCCUGCGUACCAGAUGGAGCUGGUAGACAGCUGCCCUGGACACAGAAUUAACCUUUUAAAUAGGCAAAGGACUGGGGAUGACUCCAUAAAACUGAGCUACACCUGAUGUUGGUUGCAUGGCUUAGGCUUGAGCUGAUGCUUUUCCUUUUAUAAAUGACCAAUGUGCGGGUCAUCAGAUUUGGAACAUAAGGCGCGCCUGCAAGAUCAGGCCAACGCCACACUUAGUCCAGCAUUCUCUUCUCACAGUGGCCAACCACAUACAUGGACCUGGGCACGAGAGCACUCUCUCCUCUUGCAUUUUCUAGCAACUGGUACUCAGAACCAUGUUGCCAUGGAGACAGAGCAUAGCCAGACCAUUGGUCUGUCUUGCUCAAUGUUAUUGACACUGACUGGCAGGGACUUUCCAGGGUUUUAGGCAGGAUUCCUUCCUAGUCCUAUCUGCUGCAGAUUGAACCUGGCAUAUUUUGCAUGCAAAGCAGGCGAACCCUUCCGAACACAUCACGCUGUUGCAUUGACCAGGACUCAACCCCACGUCUCCCAUGUGGCAGGCGAGAAUUCCACCACUGAACCAUCAGCCAGAUGUCACCGACAGGACGUCUCACUGCCACUAUCUGAUCAAAUUCGGAUGCAAAUCACCUUGCUUCCCUUUGCUGGUUACACCCAGCCUGUGUUAGCGCUGCAGAGCUAGAUAUAUUUGUCUCCUGUGCAAAAGAGGCGAAGAGCUAACAAGAGGACCUUUGUGAUCUCCUCACACUGGUGGGAAAGGAGAAUCAAAAUCUUGAAUUCCCAGUUCCUUGAGAAGAGGAAUUGAUUGUCAAACCACUCUGGGAGGAGAAUAGGGGGUCUCCUCACACCCUUAACAAACUACAGCUUCCAAGAUUCUUUGAGGGAAGCCACAACUGCUAAAAGUGGCAUAAUGCUGCUUUAAACAUAUAGUUCAGAGGAGGACUUCAAUGAUGAUGAUGAUGAUGAUGAUGAUGAUGAAUUUAUAUAUACCCGGAGGUCUCAGGGUGGUUCACAGUACAGUGGUACCUUGGGUUAAGUACUUAAUUUGUUCCGGAGGUCCGUUCUUAACCUGAAACUGUUCUUAACCUGAAGCACCACUUUAGCUAAUGGGGCCUCCCACUGCCGCCGCGCCACCGGAGCACGAUUUCUGUUCUCAACCUGAAGCAAAGUUCUUAACCUGAAGCACUAUUUCUGGGUUAGUGGAGUCUGUAACCUGAAGCAUAUGUAACCUGAAGCGUAUGUAACCCGAGGUACCACUGUAUUCAUAAAAUAUUAGCAAGUACUUCUAGUAGGACCGCUGAAAUCAGUGGGAUUUAAAUUAGUUAUGACUUUUGCUUCUAGCGUUCUAUUCUAAGCGUGAUGCUGGGUGGAAUCGAUGGUAGUGCUAAGUUAAAUAAAGCUAGUGUCGAACUUGAGUCCCAGCUUGGCCCAUAAGUGACAUCAGGUGUGGGGCAUGGAGAGAUGCAGCUGCAAAGGAGCAGUUGGGAGCUUCAAGUGAGCUCCAAUAGCUCAGUCGGUACAGCAUGAAACUCUUAACCUCAGAGUCAUGGGUUCAAGCCCCACGAUGGGCAAACGAUUCCUGCAUUGCAGGGGGUUGGACUGUGCAUGACCCUUGUGGUCCCUUCCAAAUAUACAAUUCUAUGAUUCUUGUUCCUCAAGGAGCCUCCUUGGCCAGGCAGAUCAGCUGUUUUGUGCUGAAAGCAAGCACCUUUAAAGAGGAUCGCUUUUGAAGAGGCCCAGCUCCCUCAAAGGAAAAAACGUCAACGUGCAGACAUGAUAUGACUCUAGUCUGUCCUGCAGUUAGACAGAGUUGGGUUUGCAGUCUCCCCCUUUGAAGGUGCUCGGUCACAGCCAAUCAGACCACUGGCACUGGUCGUGUGUCCUUCAAAGAGAAGUAGUGGGCUGAGCAACCCUGCCCACCUGUCAAAAUGACCCACAGGGGAUUGUGGGCGGUUGGGAUCCAGCCCUUUGCUUGGACGAUGUCCCACACAGCUGCACUAGUGGGUCGUUUUGCAAAAGCAGAGGUUCUGUAACAACUGCACUUGUAUGCCUAAUGCUUAGAAGAUAGGAAAAUCGACGGGGGGGUUUCUAUUAUACAGUGGUACCUCGGGUUACAUACGCUUCAGGUUACAUACACUUCAGGUUACAGACUCCGCUAACCCAGACAUAGUACCUCGGGUUAAGAACUUGGCUUCAGGAUGAGAACAGAAAUCGUGCUCCGGCGGCGCGGCAGCAGCAGGAGGCCCCAUAGACUAAAGCGGUGCUUCAGGUUAAGGACAGUUCCAGGUUAAGAACGGACCUCUGGAAUGAAUUAAGUACUUAACCCGAGGUACUACUGUAUUUUCUUUAGCACAAGCUCUUCUAUAAUGAUUCUGCCAGCGGACCUGUUGCGUUGCAUCCCUGUGUUACACAAUAUUGAGAAACAGAUCUCUGCUAGUGCAAGAUCCCUUGUGCUGGUGGGUCUGAUGCACUGGAUCCAACCCUUUCUCUUCUGCAUUUUCAUGGUUGAGGGUUUAUCCACACUUUUUUUGCCAUGCUCUUUCCAGGCACAGGUCUCUGCUUUGAAGCUCUGUGGCCCCCCCCAAAAAAACCUGCUCUUUAAAGCUGCAGUGCAACAAACAGAGCUUUAAAGCGCGGACCACGCCUGGAAAGCGCAGAAGGUGAGUGUGCGCAAGCACCUUAGUUUCGUUGAAAGGCAGUUUCCUCCUGCCUCUUAUGUUGUUGUCCUGGGCAUUCUGCAUGGCCCAAAGCAAAUCAAGAAACACAAUUCCAAAAGUCCAUUCUCCACCUUAUGCAAAGACACUCUGCUGUAAUCAGAGUAGCUCUGAAGAAAAGACAACCUGAAGUUAUUGCACUUCCACUGGACUGCCACCAACAGGAUUUAGGCAUAAAAGCUUGGCACCGAAAUGACUUUGGGUUCACCCAUCGGACAAACCUGUUUGAGGCAUUAUCAGAGGAUAAAUGGCACAGAGCAUUUGUUGUAUCUGUGAUUGGAAACGCAUCCGCUUCCUAUUAAUGCCUAACUUUAAUAUAUUCAAUACAAACAUUUGCAACCUUGAAGCACUCUCCAUCUGUUAAAAUGAAAACAUGCUGGCUGGCUGGAGCCUUUUGGUUCAAAGCAUCAUUUUUAUUGCCUGCCUUCCAAAGAAUAUGACGACAAUGUUAGUCCCAGUAAUUUUGCAUUGAUAUGCAAAGUUGGAAGGGGUGUGUGUUUAUACCAAGUGUACCCAUACCAAUGGUAAUCAUUCAAAAAUCCUCCCAAAUCAAUUGGCUGAAAUCUAGGCUAACUGCAUGUUGAUUCUGGCCAUGAGACACUCCCUUGGAGGAAGGUGGGGGGGAGGAAUGUUUGCUGAUUUCUUCUGCAACCACUUGUACCCCUUGAAAAGCUGCUGCAGAGGAUCAAGGGACCCUCCAAAAAAGGGUGGGAUGUGGCCCUUAGUGAUGCAAAGGAAAGGGGAGAUUGCAAAAAUCCUCUUCUUCAUCUAGUGGUUCCCAACCUUUUUUUGGCCACACCCCACCUAAGCAUCUCUAAAACCCUGAUCCCACCCCCACCCCCCGUGACAUAUAAUUCUUAUUAUUCAAAAAGUGAAUUCCUAUUCACUUGGAGGAGGCCUAAAAGGCCAUUCACUGUUAAUAACUCAUUCUUUAAUUGCCCCCCUUAAAAAUCAAAUUUUCCCCCCUGUGGGGCAUGUGCCCCAUGUUGGGAACCACGGAUCUAAAUCUUGAUCCAUUCCGCAAACAGAAAAAUGUGAAUACACUUUUAUUUUCUUGGGUACUUUAACAUUAAGACCUUUUUAAAGUGCAUUUAGCUUGGCUGUAUUAACGUUUUCCUGCUAGUGGUUUUAUUUAUUCUAAUUUGCUCUGGCACGGUUCACACAACACAAAGCUGUGGCUCAUUUAAAUAUGCAAACCAAGCAGACUGAGCAUGGUUUAUUUCUACCAAGCAGCCACUGUCUGAAACCAUGGCUUGCCUGGCUUGCUCUAACUGUGAGUUGGCAUUAUGUCUGAACCCAGCAGCCUUGCUUAAGCCAUGGGCUUGUUUGGCUACCCCAUCCCAGACAUUUCCCAGGCUACAACGCCACAAGACAGAGCAGAUGAAAAACAAAACAAGCCACAGCUUGUUUUCUUGUCUGCCAGAGAAUUUGUGGUUUGUAGAACAAACAAUGAUUAAAAACAAACCAUGGCUUGGUAUUCUUUAUUCAAGGGGGAGGGCCGUUGCCGUUGUUCGUUUCACUUCUCUAAAUCUUUAUGGUUUUCAGUGUUAUUGUUAGUCGCUCAGAGAAAGUUGAUUAUUAAGUGGUAGACAAAUAAAAUAAACAAAUGCGAACCUCUAAAUUAUCACUGGUCUCUGUCUUAAGUGUGCAUGGAGGAGAUUCUUCAUUUCCUUCAGGAUUUCUUCCCCCAUUUAAUUCUGGGCAAGUGUCCUUCCCUGUCAGGUGCUUGGUCCUGUCUCUGACACUGAAAUGAAUGACUUCCAUGGCCCUUUCCAUGUUUCGGAUUUAUAAGGAUAUUUGUACCCGAUUUUGAGAGCCUCCAAUGAAGGCCUGCAAAUCAGCUAAUCAUAAAAAAGACGGUACAAAUAUUCAGAGUUCACAUUGUUCAGUGCGAGCCCCACUGAAAGUACUGGGAGUUGUGUUUUGUGUGCUGCCCAGUAUGACAGGAGUGCAGGGCAAGUAAUCGGAGUGAAGUAUUAAGCGGUGCACCAUACAUGUACUUAACUUUUGCAAUGUAUUUUCAUUUUGGAUGUUCUUAAAUGCUUGCGCAAGGAGGCUGCAAGGUUCCCCCCUUCCCGCAGCCCCCAAAGUCAUCUCUUUAUUCAGCUGCCUUAUUCCAGGUGUUUGGCUUUGCUUGUUGGCUUGAAACGAAGAUAAGCAGAUUAUUGUUUUAGAAAGUUUAAAACGAAGGUAUGAUCAGUUUUAUGGUUGUAGUUUCCAUAGUAACUGGGUGCAGGUGAGUAAAUUCAUAGAGUCUUGUAUUGAUGAUAUGUUUACCUAAGUGGAUUAUUCUGGCAUUCUUCCAUCUGCUUCUCCCUUUGCAUCUGAAUCCGUAUUUCCCUAAGUUUUUCCAUAAGCAUUUUGUAAAGUACUAUAAAGUGGUGCAUGGCUUCUUUGUGAUGCAUUUUUAUUUUUUAUGCAUUCUAGAGAUUUAUGAGUCUGUGUUUUUUUAUUAAAAAAAUCCACUGUCUUUCAUAUCUGCUAAAUAUUUUGGAAACCUGUUCAUCUCUUUGCCUGUUCUCUAUGCAUUUGGUCACGUCUCAAAGAUGUCAUAAACAAAUUUUGCACCAUGGUUACUGAGACCCAAGAAACAGCUUUUUUCUCUGUUACAGAGUCUGUUCCCUUCCCUCCCCUUUGUGUUUUCACAAAAGCCCUGUAAGGUAGGCUAGGUUGAACUCCACCCCCCUUUUUAAAUAUAUCUCCCGCCUUUCUGCACAAGAGUACCCAAGGUGGUGGCCUGGCUCCCUCACAUCCCAUAACCUAUUGCUUCUGCAACAAUGAAUAACUUAAGAUUUCCCUGGCUUGGCGUCUUGCAGGUGGCAGUGUGCAACUCUCACCAUCAUUGACCAGUGGCAAAACUGGCUGGGACUGAUGGGAGUGAUGUCCCAAAACAUCUGGGGGUCACCAGGUUGGGGAAGGCUGCUUAAGGUCACUCAGCUUCAGUGGCUGAACAAGGAUAUUGAAUUUGGGUCUGUUUGAUCUGAGACUCUGUCCUCUGCCCCACAUUUGACGCUGUUCAGUUUCAUUUGUUAGCUGCACAGGUAAUGAUUUAUAUCUCCUACCACAUUCACUUCCUGCCAACCUAGCAGUUCGAAAGCACGUCAAAAGUGCAAGUAGAUAAAUAGGUACCGUAAACGGCGUUUCCGUGCGCUGCUCUGGUUCGCCAGAAGUGGCUUAGUCAUGCUGCCCACAUGACCUGGAAGCUGUACGCCGGCUCCCUCGGCCAAUAAAGCGAGAUGAGCGCUGCAACCCCAGAGUCGGCGACGACUGGACCUAGUGGUCAGGGGUACCUUUACAUUUACCACAUUCACAUAAUAGAAAGAUUGCCUUCCCUUUAAAACAUGAGUAAUAGAAUCGUAUUUCUAAUAAACACUAAUGACUUUUCAAGUUGGCAAUUCCUAGCUUGCAAGCAGGUUAGUUGUUCUGCGAGGUUCUUUAAAAAAAAUAAUUAAGGAUGGACAAAUUGGUCAGUUUUUAUUUUUUGGUCGUUUCCCCACAUUUCAGCAUAUAUAUAUAUAUAUAUAUAUAUAUAUAUAUGCCCUCCCGAAAAAUCAGCAGUCUUUCAGUGUGCCAUUUUCCUCACAUACACAUUUUUGCAAACAAUUUCUCCUAAUAUAAUGGAUUUUGUAUGCUUGUUUUUGCUAAUAUGGACAUUGGUUGGUUGGAUCACAAAAGCUGGAGAAGUGUGCAUUGCAAAAGAUAGCUGCAGUUUGGUUCAUGUAUUGUUUUGGGAAGGACAAAUUGCAUUAAAAUACAGACCAAUCCAAAUUUCUCCUCCAGCCCUAGUUCUUUAUGUGCCUUGUGCAGAUUGUUGCCUCACUAUACUGAUUCUCCAUACCCUUAACAGUAUAAGGAAGUUCUUCUGUAUAAAUAUACCCACCCCCCAUUUGUCUAUUGAUGAAAGGAUUUUAUUAUAAUGCUCCAUUGAUACGACAUCUUUGAAGUAAGCUCUUUGCAUUUGUUAUCUGUGAUAGCCAGCAGCUGACAGACACAAAAGGGUUGCCUUUCUCUUGCAGGAGAAAUGGCCAGGUGUAGCUUGGACAGUGUGUGGGGGGAGACAGACCUUUAAUUCUGUUUCUUUGUAUGCAGAAGGCUGCAGGUUCAAUCCCUGGCAUCUCCAGGUGAGUCUGGAAAAGACUUGCUGUCUAAAACCCCGCAAAGCUGCUUUCAGCCAGCAUAGACAGUCAGGAAUCAGCUGGCCAAUGAUCUGACUCAGUAGAAGGUAUCUUCCUAUGCUCCUGAGUCCUGAACUGUAGAGGUGUGUUUAUAGGUAAUGACCAGCACUUUAAAUUGAGCCUGGAAAUGGAGCGACAGCCAGUGGAGCUGAUUUGCAGAUUUCAAACACUGGCUCUGGGCAAAACUUUUGCUGCUCCACUUUGUAGCAGCUAAAGCCCAGUCUGCCUCUCUCUGUCUCUCUCUCUCUCUCUCUAAUUUUUAUUAAAUUUCCUGUUUUACCAUUUAGAAAAUUCAUUUAAACAACCUUAAAAUAUCAAAUACCCUUCUUCUCUUUCUAUGGUUCAUUUUGCAAAGCAUAAAUCCCUGCAUAUUUUAUAUAAACUAAGCCAUCCAGUAUUCCAUUAUUACUUCCAUCAAAACUUAUUUACACUGUUGAAUUUAUCUUAAUGCUGCCAACGUUUUCAAGCGUACACAAUUUCCCCCCAUUUCGUCAAUAAACAUUUUCCAAUCUUCUUUAAACGAAUGUUAUUCUUCUCUUAUUCUACAAGUUGGAUCCGCAAGCUGUGCAUAUUCCAUCAGUUUAAGUUGCCAUUCUUCUUUGGUUGAAACUCCGCUCGAUUUCCAUUUGGGGGCUAACAGUACACGGGACGGUGUAGUGGCGUACAUAAAUAACCCUGUUGCUGUAUCGGUGUCCUACUGAUCAAGUUCCACUUCCUUCCUGUCUGGAUUAAUGAAGGGGAUCUCUACAUGCAAGAAGCCGUUGGCAAGUGAGUUACUUUGAGAGAAAGCUGGUCUUAACAUAAGAAGAGACCUGUUGGAUCAGGCUAAAAGCCCACAUACUCCAACAUCAUGUUCUCACCAUGGGAAGCUAAAUCAUAGAAUUAUAGAGUUGGAAGGGACCCCGUGGGUCAUCUAGUCCAACCCCUUGCAACGCAGGAAUAGAUUCUGCCUGUGGAAAGCCUGCAAGCAUCAAACUAGAAAGAACCAGACCAUAUAAACAGCUUUAUCGAGUUAGAGAGACCCAGUUGCUCUGUUUAAUGCAAGGGAACAGUUUUUCGUCCCUUCAGCUGUGAGCAAUAUCAAUACCGGGCUUGCAUAUCAGAAGUGAAAAGUGAAACCAUCUCUCCCCGCCCCCGCCCCCCCGCCGUGCUUUUGCUUUCAUGCUUUUCUGAAAAUAGCCAACCAUUAUUGUGAUUAAAUCAGGGCUCGGCUGGGCUGCAAGAGGUGAGCCUGCCAGCAGUGGGAGCAGUCAGCUAAGUUAACAUUUGGUUGAACUUCAGUACUUGCACGAUGAUGGGUUGAAAGCGUUUGUGCGUUGGGGUGGUUGUUGUUUUUUUGCAGCAUUGAUUCAAGUGUAUUGCCUGUAAGUGUACAAAACACACACACACACACACACACACACACACGAAUGAAUCAUUUAGUUUUGUUUCCCAUCAAAGAAUAAAAGAACUUGCGUCAACGCCAGGCUGUGAACCCAUCAGCAUACCCGAAUGAAAUUUUAAAUAAAACAUAGGCAGCACUUGAUCUGCAAAAUUCAUCUUCGCUGUAAGUAAAGGAGCUUUGGGUGGCACUUAAAACUGGACUCCAAGUAGCCUUUGUUCUUUAAGAGGAUUCAGUAUCUGUUAAAGCAGAUGUCAAAUAUGGAAAUCAAAAUGUAGGCCAAUCUGUUCUUAUGAUUCAUCGAAGUAAAUGCAAGCCUGCCCUGUUGGUAAAAUGUGUGUGCAUUUUGGGGUGAAAAUUGGCACAGGCUUUCCCCCUUCCUCUGCUAUUCAUAGGCCAGUAUUAAAACAUCUAGUGUAAAUAUUUACUAUUAAAAAUAAAAGUUUUGCAGAGCAAUCUUAAAUGGGGCCAGAGAGAACCAGAGCAGCUGAGUGAACAUUGCAUCUGAAAGGGUGGAAGGUGGGGGUGGGGGUGUAAUUUAUAUUUUUGCAAUGUGUGCAGCCUAGCUAGGAGGCCUAUGGAUUUAGAUCUCUUGGAUCUAAGACCUCAGACACCCUGCCCCCCGAACACCCUAUUUUUGCUGGUUACCAGCAAAGAGCGACCUGUUUGUAGGUUGACAGGCUAGCAGAGAGGGGCCUACUGAGCAUCCUCAAGCACACCAGCUAUCAACAUGGAGGGAUUAGGACUGCAGCCUUGGAUUACUUUUGUUCCGAUAAAAUUGGCUUGAUCGGGAAUUUCAAAUGGCGUGAAAACCUUGCGCUGGGUCUGCCCUUAAACAUGCUGCAUGUGGAUGUUGGUAAGCUAGAUGCUCCCAUUCAAGACCAGCCAUCAAAUAUUCAUGCAUUCUAAUGGAAAAUCUUCACUCUAGAGGCACCUGGGUUCUUUUUUUGUUUUUUUUUUGCUUUUAACACGAUUCUCCCUGCCACAAUGUGUGUUUUGUCGAGCUUGCAUUUAAAACUUAAAUGCAAGUUACAAGGGAAGACUUUUAAAACUUAGCUCCCGAUAACAAAAAUGUCCGAAGGAGGCAGUAAUAAUUGGCAGUCGGUCGAUCCAAAUGUGAAGAUUUUAAGCAACGCAACAGAAACAUUGGAAUAUGGCUGGGGUGUGUGUGUAAGACAUAAUACAAUAAACACGAUGAGAAGUAGAACAGAAGUAAGCGUAAGUCAGUGAAAACCCGUCAAAUGACAUGAUUCUCAAAUCCAGCUGAGCCCGCUAUUUAACUAGAUUUUGAUUUCCAUCAAGCCAUUUUCAAGAUUUAGUUUUAUUGGUAACUGUUUGCCUUCAUGUAACGUACAAAAAUAAAAUUGAGAUAACUGAUAAAAUCAGACUUAUCCAGUAACUUAAUGUGAUUUUUUUAAAAUCAGGGUACCACUUUUUUUUAAAAAAGCAGAUCAGUAUUUCCUUCCAGUGCCUUAUGUCAGAAAAUAAUUAAACAGAGAAUGAGGGAGAUCCUUCCCCUCAAUGAAACCACAGUGGCGGAAUGAGAUGUUGUAUGAUAUUUUUUGCUAAUCUGACUUCAAGGACUGUAGGAGGCACUAAUUGGAAUCUAGGAAAGGUUCUUUCCUUCCUCAGACAGAAUUAAUUAAUCUUAAGUAAUUGAUUAUCUGGACCUGGUUCAUAUUUAAAUAAACUAUACCAGUGAAUAUCUUUACUGAUGCUACUUCUACACUAUACAUUUAAAGCAAUAUUAAAACACUUUACACAGUCAUGGCUUCCCCCAAAGAAUCCUGGGAAUUAACAGUUUUGUUACAUCUCCUUUUCUUUAUAUACAUAGAAACUUGUGGAUUAAGGAGGUUUCAUAUUAGAAAAACUCGUAAGUUUUAAUCAUAAUUUUAUUUGGUUUAUUUUAUAUGGUUGUUUUUGCAAUGUUUUUGCAAUGAUGGCACCCUUCUGAUGUGUGAAAGCUCCGCUUCAAAUCUGGGAUACGGCAUUUGGCAGAUUCGCCGCAGGUUUGAUUCCCAUUUAUCUUGAUCCAUACACAGAAUCAUGUGAAUGAGUUAACCUUUCACCACUUUGAUGUACUCACUAACAAAGUAGUAAAGAGCUCUGAACUGGCAGGAUGGUAGUCCUAUUAAUGUGGUUGCAAUAUGCACACAUGUUCUCCAGCAGUGUGGAUCACUCCAUGGGGAAACUGAUUACAUGGAGCAUUGUGUGUGUGUGUGUGUGUGUGUGUGUGAGAGAGAGAGAGAAAUUCUUUUGUUCUUUCUUACAGCGCAAUUUUAAGCCGUGUCCACUCGGAAGAAAAUCAGUUUCCCCAUGGAGCAAUCCACACGUUGUUGUUGUUGUUAUACUUCAUAAUAGCACACUUUUCACCGAAUACAUAUUCCUCCUAUUACAUCACACAUUUCAUCUAUUAUACAUUCUUCUAUUUCAUAUAUUAACCACCACAAGCAGUUCAAAAGGCCACAGAUAGCUCAUCUGCCAGGCCUUUGGCUAAUAAAACGGUGUUUUGGACUGGCACCUAAAGAUACGCAAUGAAGGCAGGAGGAGAGAUUCCUUGGAGAGAGCAUUCCACAAACGGGGAGCCCAGCACACAAAAAUGUCUGCUCUCCUGUGGCCACCUUCUGGGCCUCUCCUGGAACAGAGCUUUAAAAUUUCAUAAAGGGGAACAAACCGCUUGCAAGAUGUCAGUACCAUGGGUUGCAUUGACCCUGCACUGGGGUAAGGAAAGCUGCCCUUCGCUCAGGCCCACCGAACAGUGAAUGGUUAAGUCAGGUCAUGAUACGAUCAUGUGGAUCCAUUCUGAGUGAAUGCACAGAUUACCGUGGUCAGUAGCUGCCACAGUAGGAUUCUACAUAGCACAUCGCUUCAAAUACAAUUAGAUAAAGGAAAUUAACGAGCUAUGGGCAUUUGAAUCAGAAAACUUCAUUCAGGAAAGAAGGCUAUGAUGGUAGACAAGGAGGUCAGAAUAACAUUACAAUAGGCCCUUUCAUCGCUUUUAAGGCGCCAGAUUGUGUAGAUUAAUUUAAAUCACAAGAGUCUGUGCUGAAAUAAAUAAUGUCAUUCAUGCAGUUAUCUGUGACUGAUCAACCAAAUAAACCAAUUACAUGAUGAAAUAUUUUUAACAUCUCAUGAUAUGCUUUACUAGCGGUUUUCAAGGACUCUGCAAGUUCUAGAGAUCAUGAAUACCCCCAAAAUACAGAUUAGAGCGCAAUCUCAUAGUAGCCUAGCCAGCAAUAGAAACCCCUUCUUUGCUCUGAUGCUGAAACACUCAGAAUACCAGGGCUGGUUUAGCAAAAGUCAUGGACUUUAAUGUGCUGGAAUGUGUGUGAGAAUGUGUGGCACAUGCACACUAAGUAUGUAAGAGGCUGGGAAAGGGAGGGAGGCAUAAAGGGCAUAAAAUAAAUCUAUAACCACAUUCUGGAGUUUUGGAAAUGGCUUUACCUUGCCCCCAAGCUACGGGAUUCCCUCUUCACAGAGGCACAUCUGGUACCUUCAUCCUUUACCUUUUUGAGACCUAAGAUAUAAAUGUUUUAGGACCCGGCUUACUCUUCUGAUUGCAGAUUUCUUUAGAAUAUCAGCCACAGGGCUGUGAAGAUUAGCUAAAGAUGGGUUGGGAUCCUCUCACCACAAUAUUCUCAGAAUCAGAAUAUUCAGAACUAAUUAACAAUUUAAGUCAAACAGAUAUCCAGCAUUAAUGGAAGUCCAUUCGACACACUUUACAUGUAUUUCUUUAUUCAUUUAUUUUAUUAGAUUUGCAUACCACCCUUCAUCCAAAGAUCACAGGGCCGUUCACAACAUAAAAGUACAAAAUGAGAACACAAAAUACGUAAUGAAACAAAAGCAAACCAAUAAACACACACACCGCACACAUUUAAAAUGACGUAUAAUACAUUGCACACACUUUUGUAAAUCAACAAGUAAGGAGUUCAAAGCUUCCAUACAUAGCUAUAGAGAAAUCUAUUAACCUAGCAGGUUCCUAUUCCGAGGGAGCUUUCUGAAAACUGAACAGUUUCUCAGAAUGAGGCUCAAGCUGCAAAAAAACCCCACAACCUUUUGCAGUGCGUCUUGACCUGCAUGUAGUUGGCAACUGAAAGGGCAAAGAAAAAGUAGCUGAACUUUGUGCGGAGAAAUGAGAAAGCAGAGCAGAAUUAGGCAGAACGUUUCCAAUAAAAAUUCUACGGCUGACACAGUUGGUAUUAGCUGGUUGUGCACUGUAUAUUCCAACUGUCAGCCUCUGGGACAAAUUCUCACUGGGGCAACCUAUGGGACAGUCUAUCAACAGUGUGCAACACCUUCGUUGAAAGUGCUACGCUGGUUGCCAAUUUGCUACCCAGCUAGAUUCAGGGUUUUCCUACUGGGUUAUAAAGCCCUAUAUGCAUCUGGGCAGGAUCUGAGAAGCUGCCUUUCCCCUUCCAUCCCACCCUGGUCACUCAGAGGUGUGUGUGGAAGAAGACCUGCUAAUGCUGCCACAUGUCCCUGCGGCGAAAGUCUUCUAAGUGUUUUAGCACCAGUUCUCUGGAAUUCUCUUGCCUCAAAAGUGAAGCAACGUCCGGCAUUCUGCUAUUUUUGACGUUUGUUGAAGACAUUUCUUUUCUCCCACGCUUUCUCAAAUCAAUCAGUUUUGUUUCUGUGGUUUUAAACACUUUCUGGUUUUCAAGUUUUUGGGGGGUGUUUUUUGGUUUUGAAAUAAUAUAUAAUUUGAAAUAAUAAGUGUUGAAUUAUAACAAUACAAAAUACAUAUCCAUAUUUAGAGAUUUCUCUGAAUCUCCAGACUUCCCACCCUCUCCUCCAUGAGUCCUAUUGUCAACCUUUUCAACUGCAUAUUGUUUCAUAAUCCAUAUUUUAUAUCUCUCCAUAUUGUCCAUGAUAUUUGCUACAUUGCAAGUGUUAUUAGAAUCCUGCUAAUGUUUUCAUCUGCUUACAAUGGUCUCCUAGAUAAAUUAUCAUUUCCCCCCAUUCUUUAUUGAAAUCUUCUUGGUUCCUGAGCUUUCUGGUCAGUUUUGCCAGUUUGACAUAUUCCAACAGCUUGGUUUGCCAUUCCUCUCUGGUAGGGACUUUGUAUUCUUUUCGUCUCUGGGCUAGUAGCAUACAUAAAAAGUCUUUUCUGCUCUUUUGGGAUAUUAGUACCUCCAAUUCCUAAUAAAAAAAGGUCCUGGUUUUUUUAAUAAAAGUUAUUUUCAAGUUUUUAUGCUGACUUUUUAUCUGUAUUAGGUUUUAUAUUCUAUUUCGGAACACUGCUUGGGUAUUGCCUAAAUGGAGGGCACUUUAUAAAUGUUGGGGGGGGGAUGAUGUCUCUUCCAUACAAGUGAUGUCUUUAACCAAUGGGUCUCAAACCUUUCCCAACGUGCAAAGACAGGCUCUGGCAGAUUGAGCAGAUAAGACAAAUAGUCUAACGGUCAAGAAGGCGUUUUCUGCACGUGCUGUAGAGGGGAGUGAGGGGCAGGUGGGGCUUGUCAACAUGGGAAGGGAGCCCAUUUGGGAGAAAGGAAACUCUGAUCCCAAACUUCCACUGCCUUGUGGGAUAUCUUCGGGAGAAGAAAAAAGCUAAGGAGCAAACCCUACAUAGAUCUGAAUGGCUGGAGCAUCAAUUUACCUGCACUGUAGAAGUCCCAGAAUGCUGCCAAAAGUGGGUGAGCCUCACACCACCGCACUUUUCAAACAUCAUUUUGGAGGAAGAACCUCUCUGUUUUAUUUCUCCUCAUUAUCAAAUGUGAUCUCGUUUGCCUCUGAAAAGUAUUCUUAGUUUCUUUUCUCUCUCUGGACUCUAUGUCUGCUCUAUUCCCGUCACUCUGCUAAGUUCGGCUGUGCAAGGGUAAAUCUUUGCGCUAAUUGAACAAGAAUCUUGGUGCUACUUUGGAUAAAAGCUACCGGAUUUCAGCCUUAGGCUUCACUUCUAAUCCCACUUACUUGGGAGUAAACCGCCUUGAAAUCAGUAAGGCUUACUUUAGACUGGACUUGGUUAGAAUCACACUCAAGUUUGGCUCCAAAAGCCUAAGCACUCCUGCUUUCCAUAUUGUGAAAGCAUUUCAACCCCUCAAUCAUUUUAGUUGCCAUUUUCCUGGUUCUGUAAUAUCCUUUUUCCAGGGGUUGUUGCCCCCAAAGUAUUCCAAGCAGGUCUAUAUCAUUGAUAUAAUAGUGGCAUUUUGAGACUGUCACUCAUGGAAGAUCUCAGGAAUGGCGCUGGGAGCAGCCCAGAUGACUUUUAUCUGAACAUCCAGUCUCUCCUCCACCUGUGGCUCAGGGGUGCCAUGGAAAAAGCAGAACUCUUAAACAUUAAACAAGAUGCAGGAUCUUUUUCAUGACAACCUUUUAACAUGAUUAAGUCAAGGCGUGAUGGGUCAUUUGGGGUUUAUGUUUCACUCUGCUCCUUGGGACGCUUCUAAUGAAUGUCACGAUGUCAGAUUUCAGAUGCGGAAUGUGCAUUUUAAGUAAGCAGUUCUUAAGAAAUCUUCCCCCGUCAUAUUGCUUAACUGUUGUUGGGCAAAUGAUUUAUUGAAGCUCCCGAGGCAGCAGAACAUGGACUGUAGGACUGUUGGUUUUUGUCUGUGUAUGCGUUAAGGGCUACACUGAAUUAUUUUAUUGUAAGUGCGCACUGAUACAUCAUGCCUUGCGCUCGGGGAGACGUUUUCUGUACAAUCACAUUCCAUUAAAUAUUUAGCUUUGAAAAAACAAAGCCAUGAAAUUUACUAACUAGCCUGGCAUUGUAGGAUUGCUAGAGCUGUCUGUAGCGGCUCAUUGGAUGGGGCAAAGCCGUACACUAGCUUCCCAGCAAGUGGGUCUCUGUGGUUUACUGGGAAGGAGCUGGCGAGGCAGGAGGAAAGGUCAGUACGUUGCGCAGGAUAGACUAGGCUGGCGCGUUUGCACGGCAAGGACUUCCCUGCCACCUCUGAGGAACAGUGAACAGUGACCCACUUGCCAGGAAGUUCACUUAGUAUUUCCACCCCACUGGACGAGACACUCCUGCUUGCAGUCCUACCUGCACCUGUGUCUUCUUGAAUUUAUUUGGACUUGCACCUGAAGAAAACGAUAUAAGAUUGUGCUACAUGGCAGCAGUAAUGAUGAUGAUGAUGAUAUUAGUAGUAGUAGUACCCCACCCAUCUGGCUAGGCUUCCCCAGCCACUCUGGGUGGCUUCCAGCAGAAUAUAAAAAACAUAAUAAAACGUCAAACGUCAAAAACUUCCCAAUACAAAGCUGCCUUCAGGUGUCUUCUAAAAAUUGUGUCAUUCUUUAUCUCCUUGACAUCUGAUGGGAGGGUGUUCUACAGGAGGGCGAUACUACCCAGAAGGCCCUCUGCCUGAUUCCCUGCAACUUCACUUCUCACAGUGAGGUAACCACCAGAAGGCCCUCAAUGCUGGACCUCAGUGUAUGGGCUGAACAAUGGGGGUGGAGACAGACGCUCCUUCAGGUAUACAGGGCCGAGACUGUUUAGGGCUUUAAAGGUCAGCACCAGCACUUUGAAUUGUGCUCAGAAACAUCCUGGGAGCCAGUGAAAAUCCAUUAUGACCAGUGUUAUAUGGACCCGGCAGCCACUGCCAGUCACAAGUCUAGCUGCCACAUUCUGGAUCUUUCUCAUACUUUGAAUAAUAGAAUUGUAGAGUUGUAGUAGUCCAACUGCCUGCAAUGCAGGAAUAUGCAGCUGUCCCAUACAGGGAUCAAACCUGCAACCUGGGCAUUACCAGCGCCAUGCUCUAACCAACUGAGCUAUCUUACCUAGGAUUAAGUCCCACUGAGCCCUCACUUAUUGUAACACUAAGUUGAACUGUGGCUUGCCUUCUGGCAGUACUGCAGGAGUGGACAAGGGGCAAUGUGUCCGUGAUUUUCAUCCUAUGCUACUGUCACUGUAGUCCUGUCUUGGGGAAGGCUACAGUCCUAUACACAUUUACCUGGGACAUCCUUUGCUGAUCAACAGGGCAUACUUCACUGUACGUAUAUCAGCUGCUUUUAUUAUAUUAGGACAAAUCCAGUAAUUGCAAUAUAAUCUGUGGGUUAGACUGAGCAAUGUGCAUUCAAUUCUGCACGGAUGUAGUCUGGUACAUCGGUGUUAGUGAAAAUAACCUUCGCUGCAAAACGUCUACAAGAUUUACUUUCAGGUUUAAAAAAAGGGGGGAGAAUUAAAAUAUUCUAAUACUAGAGUACUUGAGUGCAUAUUAUUACCGCACUGGCAGAUUCUGCUUACAGGGAAAGUAUUUUAUAAAAAGCUAGGGAUUUAUCAUUUCUGCAUUUUGUUAGGGAAGAGGGAGAAUUGCAAAUGCUGUUCAUGUUAACCAGCUGUCGCUUAAUAGCUUGCUUAAUAGUAGCCCGGUGCUGCUGCUUGUCUUAACAUGAGUUUUCACUCAGCUUUUUCUUGUGUAGCAUCUGUGGAGUAGGCAGCUUAAUAGGGGUCUGUCGUUUGGAUGUACUCUUGACACUCUAGCUUUUUCUUAGCUUUGCCAAGGCCUAUUUGCCAUAUGCUGGAUGGAAGGGUAUCAAGGCUGCACUGCUUUCUCGUCUGUGAUCUGAUGCAUGGUACAUUUUUUGUUUCUCUGCGUAGGUGGCCGCCUAUAGGCAAACCUUGAAUUAUUGCCUUACUACUUAGAAGUAAUUGUGGAGUGGGGUGGGGGAGUUAGAUGAUUGCAAAGGGAAAGGGAGAGACAUUUCUUAAAGCCAAGGUUGCAACAUGCUAGCUCAGUUAGCUUUCUGCCCCCACUGCCCUAUAGCAGCCCCGGGGGGGGGGGGGACUUUAGCAUUGGCAUGUUGCAGAGAAUUCUGGAGAGCCAUUUAGGAUGCCCACUCAGUUCUUGAUGAUGAGCUGCCCCUUGGCCUCACGUGAACUGAAGGUGUGCCCUAGGGCGUUCCCAUGAAUCCUCUAUGACUGCACAUUACAGUGGGGAUUCAGUAGAGGGGGCCGCCUCAGGUCCAGUGACCAAAACUGGCCUCUCUGUAUAGGUUUCAGGACUUUGCCUGGUCUACACUGCCUCCUCAGCCACAACUGUUCUGCCCAGGCCACAUUCCUCACUGACUCAACUUCACACCCCAAUUAUUUUUUUGCCGGAAUGUGUCCUUGAAUUUUUACAUGGCUUCUUACUUGCCUGGACGGAGGACAGUGUCAGGGCAGGUGUCCGGAGCAGAUCAGCAAUAACUCACACGGCUUCAGGGAGCUCUUUAUUCAAAGAAACCAGGCAGCUCAGGAGGCCAGGCCUAGGGAGCACAGCAACUCUUUCUGGCAGAACUUGCCCCUAUGAGGCAGUUGCGAGGACUGAAGGUCCCCGCUUUCCCACAGCUCCCUAAGGCUCCUCUUCCCCUGGUUCCUUCCCAAGCAAUCUGAGGCUCUUUUGUCUUGCCUGUCUCUGCUCUGCCCUCUUCAUACCUCUUCAGGUUCUGGGGGACCAGGGGAAGGGGAGCUUAUCACAGCAGGAGGGGGAGACCCCCUGGCUUCCUCACCAGCCUGACUCAUUGCUACCUCUUGGCCCCCUUUUUCUCUGCCUCUGCCACUGAUUCUGGACUGCUGUCUGCCACAGCCUCUUCCUGCUCACUAAACCCCGUUGCCUCUUCAGCUUCCAACACCCCCUCCUCCUCCCAGUCUGUUCCCUCUGAUACUUCUGACCACUCAUCGUUGUCCUGCUAGCAAUCCCCUGGCUCUGAGUCUUCUCCCCUUGGGGGUCCCCUGGGGGUUCCCCAGCUGGUGCCUCCCACCACUCCUCUGCAUCCAGCCAGCCCAUGACAGAUAGAGAGAGGUGCUCUAGUGUGUCUAGAAAGUAGCCUAGCAGGCAAUGGUAAUAUUUACACCCACUGCACCGUCUGCUUUUACCUCUGGCCCUGCCUGUCACUUUCAUAUGGCCCCCAGAAGGUUAACCAGUAAUGAAUGUGGCCCUCAGUCUGAAAAAAGGUUCCCUAUCCCCGAUUUCCUACCUUUCAUUCAAGGGCUUAAGCCACUGUACAUGGUUUUCUUCCCACCCCCAUGUUAUCCUCACAACCAGCUUGUGAGGUAGGUGUGGCUGCCUUUGAGUGGGCCAGGGUCACCCAGUAAGCUUUGUGGAUUUCAACUUGGGUCCCACCCACUCAGUCCAACAUUCUUAAGCUCUAUGCCAGCCUCGUUCUUCCAAGUAAGCUUAUCCAUUGCUGAUCUCCCAGUUGAGAAAUUCCUGCCAAGCUUCUGAAGAACCCCCCGAGUUCCCUCAAACACAGUUUCAAAACCACUUCCCUUUGGUGCUGUGGUCUCUGCUAACAUGGGCAAAGCUUGCUGCUGAAUCAAAAAGCUACUAGUUAGGGAAGGGGGAAAGUUUUGGAGGGCUGCUCUGAACCUUCAGGGUCUGCGAAAGUGGCUUCAUGGCCAAAGCAUUGCAAAUGCCUCUGAUCACUCGGGGUGCUGUUAGUCCAAUUGCUGUUGUGUUGGGAUUUUUUUAACUUUAGAAUUGAGGUGCAUAUGAAAUGAUGGAAACCCUUAACCUGCUGGCAGCUUUACCGUUCUGUGUUCACAUGUGACAGACUGCUUUUUCUUCUUACGGACUGACAUUUUACCUCCUGAGUUCAACACCUUUUUAAAAAAAAAAAAGCCACACACACGUACAGUGCUGUUAAGGGAGGAAAUCAGCGGUGGAUCUUUUAAAAUAGUAACAAGAUUUUCUUCUCGUCAUUCUGAGCUUCAUAAAAUGAUAACUUGAGCUGCUUAUCUGUUGGUCUGACCGUUGCUUCUUGCUAUGGCUCUUCCAAAGCCUGAUUUCGGAUGCUUCAAGGAGCCAAGGCACAGCGAAGAAAAUGCACUGCUCUGAUUGCCUCUCGCUCUCUCCCCAUUGAUCUGCCUUUUCCGAGAGUUAUUUUAUCCAUAUUUUAUGUGCCCACGGGCAGUGGGUAAAGUUAAAUUAAAUAACCAUCUGAAAGGCCUCUGUUCUGUGGGGAAGUUUCCUGGCGUUUUGUAGAAAUCAUGAAAUGUAACAAGGCAAGUUCAGUAUAUUUAUCAAAACAAACAAACACAUACACAGCUUAUAGAAUCGUAGAAUUGAAGAGUUGGAAGGGACCAUGAGCUUCAUCUAGUUCAACUCCAUUAUGCAGAAAUCUCAACUAAAGCAUCCAUGACCAAUGGCCAUCCAACCUAACUGGCCUAUAAUUUCUGACCACCACCCAAUCCCUUCUUUGUUACAGUGACCACUUUCAAAUCCUAUGAUACAGAGGCCGAUUUUAGUGACAAGUUGUAUAUUUUUGAUGGAACUUCAGCAAUUUCACAUUUGAGUUCUAAGAACUCUUCAACAGAUACUCUCCAGACCCUUGCCGGUCAAUAAGACCUUGAACUUGUCACAAAUACUUGUCAUUCAUCAGGCUCCCUUCAUGGAAGAAUCAGUUCAGGCACAAGUAUCAGCCCUGUGUCUUCUGCGGUGAAGACAGAUGCAAAGAUGCAUAUCCUUGUGUGUUAUCUGGGUCCACUGUCCACAAUUAUUGCCCAUGACUUCCUAAGCGCAAAAGGUUGCAUGACUCUUCUGUAUUGGGACUUUGGUGUCAAAUAUCAUAUCCUAAUGAAUAGUCCUGAAGCAUUAUGUGUGGUUGCACUGACUUGUGUCAGGAAUUCCCCUUGGAUGUGCUUCUGCUGAUUUAGUAAUUGUAUUUGGCAAGGGAUAUACAAUGGUACCUCAGGUUAAGUACUUAAUUCGUUCCAGAGGUCCAUACUUAACCUGAAACUGUUCUUAACCUGAAGCACCACUUUAGCUAAUGGGGCCUCCUGCUGCUAAUGCCGCGCCGCCGGAGUACGAUUUCUGUUCUCAUCCUGAAGCAAAGUGCUUAACCUGAAGCACUAUUUCUGGGUUAGCAGAGUCUGUAACCUGAAGUGUAUGUAACCUGAAGCGUAUGUAACCUGAGGUACCACUGUAUUUGAUGUUUAAUAAUUACUGGACUUUAUUACAGUUUCCUCUGGGUUAUAUGAAAGGGACUGUUUUCUCCCCUCUCUCACACCCUAUUCGGAACUGUAAAUAUGUAUAUUUUUAAAUAUUCAACAUCGUGUUUCAGGUUGUCACAAAACAUUCCCAUCUUUGCAAGUUCCCAGCACAGCCAAGGAUAUUCGCAGUUCCUGGCUACUUUGCUUGAAGAAUUACACUUCAAAAAUGAAGAUUUUGAAAGUUUAACAAGAAUAUUCAGAAGCGAUAGUCUUCCAUACUGGUAAGUUCUUCUUUCAUUCGUGCCCCAUCUGCCACAACUUCAUCUUGUCUAUGAGUGGAAUCCAGUGGCUCCAUGUGAUGACAGAAGGGGAUACUUUUGCUAAUGGAGGGAUAGAGGUGAUUUUUGCUCCAUGGAGGGAACAUCCAGAGCAGGGUAGAAGGUUGUAUUCAGGCUUGCAGUAAGAAGAGCAAAUUGGCAAACAAAACAAAAAAACACACACACACACCCCAAAACCUUCCUCCCCCUGCUCUUCUGUAAGUGUUUGAAGGAUCCAAAACCCUUCCAUAAGCACAAAGAUCUCAGUUGGAUUCCACCCAGUGUCAUUAAAAAUAUAAGCACGCCGGUUGCAUUGGAGGGGUGAGAGAGGAGGAGUUGACGUGGAAAUGACUGGGACCGAAAGAUAAGAUUAUUGCUUAUCAAGAUGGUUCCAUUUGUCUCUUUAACCUUGUGUGAUCACUAAAAACAUUUAAUAAACACCACUUUGGAAUGAGUUAGCAAAAGCCUUCAAUUUAAGGCAGAGCAUCACUCUGGUCAGUGCUUGUUUGGCCCCAGCCAAAGCAUUCCGUUCAGUUACAUGUUACCACAUUGUAGGAAGGAUGUGGACAAGCCAGAGGAGAUUGAGAGGACAGGAGCGAGGUGAUAAAAAGGUUUUAAAACAGAAGAUGCAUGAAGCAAGAUUGAUAGGGCCCAAGUAUGUACAUAUUCAGGCCACAAAAAGCUGAUUUGGCAGGAAGGCAAGAUUGCAAAAAACCCAAACUGCGCACACACAUAUACACACACACUUAUUUAUUUUUGCAAACGGCUCUUUCCACUGACACUGAGGGAAGUAGGUUAGCACCACAAGCCUAUAUGUAGUUUCCCUCUGGUAGAUUCCAAUUGAAGGGAAACAAAUGAUUUGUGUAAUUUCUCCCUCAUUCCAGAGGCAUGACAGAGGAAAGGGAGGCCUUUGAUGUUCCUCUCCUGGCCUGCCCCAGUAUGGCUUAUUUUUGGCCUCUCCAACAUCACAGCUCCAUCUUCAUGGGAGCACCAGCUGUUAACUUUUCUUCAGCAUCCUGACAGCAGCUUGCAAGUUCAGAUCUCCCUCUCAGAAGAUGUCUUUCUCUGCCCUUGGACAUUGUUAUCAUUUAACAUAAUUCAGUAUUUAUUUACUGUUUUCUGUUUCCAUGUAUAGAUGAACUUUUUCACACAGUUAGGGCUUGAUACUUUUGGGACAUUACAGAUUAAGAGGGAUUUUUAUAUUUUAGAGUUCAUAUCAAAUGCCACUGAAUCAGAUGGCAUUCACCGGAUUAAGCAUAUCACUGAAAAUGAAACUGUAAUACAGUAGGUUUGAUAAUGAUGCUUUCAUGAUAUCGAUGGAACUUUUCUUUGUUCUUUUAUCUGCAGAAUAAGUUGACCAUCAUGCGCUUCUUUUUCUACGCUGAAAUUGGAUCAAGAUGUGAAGUGACACUGCCAAACAAAUUAAAUUAAGUACACCAAAUGGGGAAAACAACAAAAAUAAAACCUCUGUAAUUCACCAUUGAAUUUAACACAACCAUUGAAUACAUCAAGCCAAACUGAAGCUCUUGUAUGAUGAAUAUUUUUCAUCUUUCUCAUUUCUUCAGAUAAGUGGGCUAUGCUAAGAUUUGGACACUGAGACAGAUCAUCUUUCCGGGUCUUUCACUAUUUUCAUCAAGUUGCCCUAAUGGAGGGGUGGCUGUCCAGAUCCUACUGGACUUCAGCUUCUAUUAGCCACAGCCAUCAUGUCCUUUGUUCAGGGAUUAUGGGAGUUGUAGUCCACCAACAUUUGUAGAGCAAAAGGUUCUUCAUCACUAUAAUGGAACACCAACAUUUUGUGUGUGUGGCCGUGUGCCAUUAACUUCCUAAGGAAAUUGUGUCAUUCAGCAUUUCUGAAAAGUUAAAGCAAAUCUAAGGUGCAAUUCUUUGAUUCCCCCCCCCCCCCGAAAGAAGUGCCUUAGUAAAGUAUAUCAAAGAAACAUAAUCUGAAUUGUCAUUGCAGUAGUCACAAAAUAAUAUAACAUCCUAUGGUUAUUAUGAUAUGGAACUUCUUAAUAAAGUGCUUAUUUUGCUUAUUUACUUGAUUGUUUGAUUUCUAUCCCACCUUUCUUUCAAGGAGUUCCAGAGAAGAUCCAUGGUUCUUCUCCUCUCAUUUUAUUUAUUGGAGUACUUUCUCACCAAGCACCCUAUCAGACUUCGUUUUGCUCUACGAUGGUAUUGUACUGUGGAGGUUUCCAUCCUCAGCUUUUAAGAUUGCAUUACAAAAUCCCUGAUUGCAUCUUCAGAAACCAGAGAGCGCCCGUUCCUUUCCACAAUUAUGUUCCACGUAGCGUAUUGCCUUUACAGUAUCUGCAGUUAGGUCAGUUGCUUGGCAGCCUACUUUGCCAGCACAAUCCUGCUCCUUCCAAAUGUGUUUUGAGGGGCAUCCACAGAAGGGGGUCUGAGCCUGAGUGCGCUGGGCAGGAUCUAUAAAAGAGCAAAAUAAUAUUGUUGUUUUUGUCAACUCCCAAGCCCUUUCUUUUCACCAGGUCUUUAUUUUUACAUUUCCUGUCAGCUUAGCAGCAUGAUUUUUACAGGUUUAUUUUGGGCUCAGUGCUUAGUCUUCUACAACCAUUUGAGCUUACAUUUUUUUAAAAAAGGGUUAGUCUUGUAAUCUUUUAAGAGGAUGUAUUUGUAUCUGAAUAAUAAAUCCAUUUAACACACACACCCAAUUUCAACUUGUUAAUUGCUAGAACUCUUAACUUGACUGCCCUUUUCCAUCUCCAGCACGUUUGGUGGAUUUUUUUGGUGGGGGAGGGGGAUACGGGCUUUGUUUUCCCUCCCUUUGCUCAUAAGGUGGAGUCGGUCAAGGUGCUAUUUUCCUUUACAGUCCUAUUAUUCAGAAGGCAAAUUGAGCCAGGUGAAAGAUGCACAUUUUUUACUUUGGGGGACAAAGUCCCAUUUACUAUAAAGAUGAGAUUGUCUAGCAUAGGUGAUCUUAUUUCUAAGUAGGAAGUGCUGCCAUUGGGUAUAGGCAGAACAUGGAGAAUCCUCAUGCUUAAAGUAUAGAUCUUCGGGAGAAUCAGCUCUCUAAUUUUAUAACUUUUUUUUUUUUUACCAACUUUUCCUGGCUCCCUUGCCCCCUCCCAGGAAUUCAGGUAGUCACAGUUUGAUGAAGGUGUUGAAACUUGGUUAGAGAUCCCAGGACCUCCACAUAGGUUCAGGGGUUAUGAGUACAGUUGUACCUUGGAAGUCUAACAGAAUCCAUUCCAGAAGUCUGUUUGGCUUCCAAAAAUAGCUCACAAACCAGAACAGUCACUUCCAGGUUUGUGGCGUUCGGGAGCCAAAACGUUAGAGAACAAAGCUGUUCAGAAACCAAGGUAUGACUGUUCAAGACCCCUCAAACUAUCGCCCCAUAAGUCUCCUGGACAUUGUGUAUAAACUUUACACUCGCUACCUGCUAAAUAAACUGGUUGACUGGGCUGACCACUCUAACCUGCUUAAUCCGGAACAGGCAGGGUUUAGAAAGGGCCAUAGUACAACAGGCCAUUGUUUGGUACUACAGACAAUGAUAGAUAAGUAUACAAAGGUACAUAAGAGCAAACUUUUUGUGGCUUUCGUAGAUCUCACAUCCGCUUUUGAUUCAAUCUGUAGGGACAAAUUAUGGCAAAAAUUAUAUGAAACAGAUAUUGAUAGACGACUUCUCAAAAUACUUAGAGAGUUACAUUCAGACACCACAGUUAAAAUCAGAACUGGGAUGUCAGGCAACUAUACUGAUCCACUGCCACUGGGGAAAGGGGUUAAACAGGGCUGUUUGUUAGCGCCGUUCCUCUUUAAUUUCUAUAUAAAUGACAUUGUUCAACAUAUGGCAAAGUAUAAGUCAUCAGCUCCUGCCCUGGAAGGCAAACACCUGAAUAUAUUACUAUAUGCUGAUGACAUGGCUGUCAUGGCACUUACUCGAAGGGGCCUACAUAGCAUGCUGGAGGGGCUCGCAGCUUAUUGUUCCCAAAACUCUCUAAAGAUAAAUUAUGACAAAACAAAAAUUGUGGUAUUUACUAGAGCUCGCCACACAUUUAGAUGGUCUUUAGAUGAACACAAAAUUGAACAGUGUCCUUUUUUUAAAUAUCUUGGUAUCACUUUCCAAGCUACAUCUAGCUGGCUUGCCCACUUCAAGACUGUAGCCCUUCUAACACGUAGGACAAUCGGUGCCCUGCUCAGCUUUUUUUAUUCGAGGGAGGGCAACUGGUGAUCCCGGCAUUAAAAGCUUUUGUUGGAAAAGUGAUUCCCCAGAUGCUAUAUGGAGUAGAACUCUGGGGAUGGAAUCAGAAGCUGUUAGAACGGCUUGAAAUCUUCCAAAAUUUUUACCUCAGAAGAAUUCUAGGCCUCCCUCAGAGUACUCCGGCAGCUCUCCUAAGAGUGGAAGUAGGAUUACCUUCUGUGUCUGCCAGGGCCCACUUAAGAUUCCUGCGUUUUUCACCAACCUCACAGAUGCCCCGAACACCUUAUUGGCUAAACAAGCCUUUGUAUUAUUACAAAAUAAUACUACUUGGCAUAAAAACCUACUAGAUAUCCUAUCCAGAUACAAUCUACCUGAGUUUAAUACCCUUAAAUUGUGGAGCCCUGAUAAAGUUCGGGAAUGGAUCUUUGAAAAAGACGCCUUUUGGACUCCACAAAGAUAAAAACUCUGGGUUUUCCUACUGGUUUCCCGAGUAAAAGCAGUCAAAAUCUGUGCCAACUACUUGGUGGAGAUCACUGACCCCACCCUUCGGAGAGCUUUCACUAUGGCACGGUUUCAAACACUGCCAACUGCAUAUCUGACCGGUAGAUUCACAAAAACCCCAGUAGAACAUCGUUUAUGCCCUUGCCUUAUGAAAAUUAAAGAGGAUCUUACACAUUACCUCCUCUAUUGCCCCAUCUACUCGAGCUUUAGAGACGCAUUGCUGCAAAUUAUACCCAACUCUAUAACCAAUCCUGAAGAUAGAGUAAAAUUUUUGUUAGUUGAUGCAAACCCACGUAUUACCCAUGUGGUAGCGGUUUUUGUGAUAAAGGCCAUGAAAGCCAGGGAAAGAUUUAUGGAUGACAAUGUAAAGACCCCUUCAUCGUCUGUUUAACUCGUUGCUCGUUUUCCCUCUCUUUCUAUUUUGUAGGAUGAAGGUUUUGUUGGCGUAGUAUGUAAUGAAUUUUAAUAUUUUUUUUAACUAUCGUUGUGUUAAUGUUUGUGUACAGGCAUGGUCCUCACAAUAAACGGAUUUGAUUGAUUG